ACUGCGCCUGCGCAGCAUUGCGGUCCUCACUUCUAUUCCUCCCUCUCUCCCGCCUCCCCCCCUUGGAAACAUCUGGGAAGAGAGGAGCUGAGGGGGGAGAGCGCCCUGUUAUGUGUGUUCCCUCGCCCGAGUGUCAGGCCUUGCUACCCACAAUGCCAUGCGGCCCUGGCCGCUCCGUCAUGGAGGCAGCAGCGGGGGCCCCUGAAGCAGCCGCGUCCGCCGCAGCUGGGCGGCCAGGAGCCUCGGCGGUAGCGCCCCGGAACGCUCCCUCUCGCUGCUGCUGGGCGGCUUGAGCCGUCCUGCCUCACUGGGGCCCCGUCCAGCAUGAGCGGCGACGGCGGCAGCAGCGGCAGCGGCUCCGGCUCCUCUUCGUCCGCUCCUGGCCGCUUCGCCGACUACUUCGUGAUCUGCGGGCUGGACACCGAGACUGGUCUGGAGCCGGACGAGCUCUCGGGUGAGUCAGACGGCAGCCCCGCCAGCCUCCCUCCGAGAGCCCGAGGGCUGCUCUGCCGCCCGGCGUCGACGUGCUCUGCCCUCAGGGGAGGGAGGCGGCGGAGGGGAGAGUAAAUCAGCCCAGCCGGGGCAUCAUCAUCAUCAUUUUAUUUAGGCCGGGAGGGGGGGCGCUUUUGACAGCGGCUUCACUUCAGCCCCUGCCUGGGGCGGGUGAGGGGCGACCCAGUUCGGGGCUGAGGGGUUGCCGUCGGUCCCCUUGGAGAAGCGGCUUCUUUCGCGUCUGCUGAGGCGAAAGGGGCUUCAUGGAUGUCGUCUCCCCUCCUUGCCAGCUCAGGAGGAGCUGCUGUGCCUGGACUACUUGGCAGCGGCGGCGGCGGGUGGAAGCAGCCACUGCUUUGUUUUGGCAGCAACAGGACCCUCAUUCUCUCUCCUCCUCCUCCUCCUCCUCCCUCCUCUCUGCUCCCAGAGCACUUGGCCUUCAUAAUAAGGAGAUGUUGCAUCUUGCUGUCGCUGUGGGAUGCAAAAGCAGUUUUAAGGGUCAUGUGGCAGCGGUUGCCACAGCAGUGGCAUUAAUUUCACUGCAGGGAGGUGAAAUCUAGUGCACUUUAUUUUUGUGUGUUGUUUACACUGUUGUUCCUUUAACCUCUUCCUGAAAUGCUGCCCUGACUUCAGAUUAACAUCCUUCUGCCCACUUAUUCCUGACAGUGGAAACUGGUACUGUAUUUAUUUUUGUAAUCCUGCAAAAUAAAUAAUCGUUUAAAAGAUGUGGUAGGAGGCAAAGGGCUGCUCAUGGAGAUGGAAGAGGAGGCAAAAGAAGACACUCGGCCACAAGAUGAAACCACUGGUAGCAACAAUUUAGGAACCAUAUUUGCAGAAGUAUAAGGAAUGGUUGCAGGUCUAGAACUCUUGCCUUUCAUAGUCUUUUGGCACAACUUAAUAAUUUCCCCAUUCAAAAGCUAUAUAACUGGUAAUUGUUGUUUAGUCGUUUAGUCGUGUCCGACUCUUCGUGACCCCAUGGACCAGAGCACGCCAGGCACUCCUGUCUUCCACUGCCUCCAGCAGUUUGGUCAAACUCAUGUUGGUAACUUUGAGAACACUGUCCAACCAUCUCGUCCUCUGUCGUCCCCUUCUCCUUGUGCCCUCCAUCUUUCCCAACAUCAGGGUCUUUUCCAGUGAGACUUCUCUUCUCAUGAGGUGGCCAAAGUAUUGGAGCCUCAGCUUCAGGAUCUGUCCUUCCAGUGAGCCCUCAGGGCUGAUUUCCUUAGGAAUGGAUAGGUUUGAUCUUCUUGCAGUCCAUGAGACUCUUGAGAGAGUCCCAUAACUGCUCAUACUUCAUGCAUAUAAGGGACGCGGGUGCCUCUGUGGUCUAAAUCACUGAGCCUCUUGGGUUUGCUGAUCAGAAGGUUGGCAGUUCAAAACCGUGUGACGGAGUGAGCUCCUGUUGCUCUGUUCCAGCUUUUGCCAACAUAGCAGUUCGAAAGCAUGCCAGUGCAAGUAGAUAAAUAGGUACUGUUGCGGCGGGAUGGUAAACAGCAUUUAAGUGUGCUUUGGCUUCCAUUAUGGUGUCUUGUUGCGCCAGACUUCAGUUUCAGUGUAUCUGAAGAAGUGUGCAUGUACAUGAAAACUCAUACCAAGAACAAACUUAGUUGGUCUCUAAGGUGCUACUAGACAAUUUUUUAAAUUUUUUAAUAUAUUUUACCAGAUCAGUGUUAACUUUUUCUGUUUUGGCACUGGUAGUAGAUUGGUACAUAUAAACUGCUGUACAGAUCUUAAAGGUAAAGGUACCCCUGCCCGUGCGGGCCAGUCGUGUCCGACUCUGGGGUUGCGCGCCCAUCUCGCUUAAGAGGCUGGGGGCCAGCACUGUCUGAAGACACUUCCGGGUCACGUGGCCAGCGUGACAAGCUGCAUCUGGCGAGCCGGUGCAGCACACGGAAACGCCGUUUACCUUCCCGCUAGUAAGUGGUCCCUAUUUAUCUACUUGCACCUGGGGGUGCUUUCGAACUGCUAGGUUGGCAGGCGCUGGGACCAAGUAACGGGAGCGCACCCCGCCGCGAGGAUUCGAACCACCGACCUGACGAUUGGCAAGUCCUAGGCGCAGAGGUUUUACCCACAGCGCCACCCGCAUCCCUUGUACAGAUCUUAGCAUCUACUUUAAUAAGGUAUGUGUAAUUCCUUGGCGGAUUAAACUAACUGCAUAAUUUGUCUGUAAAAUAAAUGGUUGAAAAUGAAGAAUAUUUGCAUGAUUGGGAGUUUAUGUUUACUUCCUUGUUGUUUUUCCAUAUUGCCUCAUAGACUUUGAGGCAUAGAUUUCAUAUAAAAUGGUGAAGUAUUUUGUACUAAGCUUUCCAUAUAGUGUGCUACUUAGUGUGAACAAAGCUAUGGAAAUACUAAUCUCUGGAUUAUCUGGAAUAAAGUCUGGUGUGAUCUUGUGUUAAGUGAUAUAUAACAUUCCAGUCUAGUAUGCAGACUUAUAUGUCAGGAGAGUCUGUGUAUCCCCAUAUCCAAUUUUUCCUUGUUAUCCUGAUCUGUUUUCCCCAAACUCCUAAAAUUACGCUAGCCGUGGAACUUGCAUAGUUUAUUUCCUUCCAUAGGCUGCAAUGGGCAGGUGUGGCUUGCAAAAUGAUAAACUAGUUGUCUUGUGCACUGUGAGACAGUAGGGCUCUGAAUAAGUUGGUGACUCUACCACACAGAGUUGCCCACAGGUUGGAUUUCUUUGCCCAUAUUAUUUUGUUAGGAAUCCCGAAGUAGAAAGUUGUAUUGUAUUAUGUACUUCUUAUUUAUUUAUCUAAAUGAUACAUGUAAGAUGCUAGAAGUUUCACAAUAUCUCAUUUAACAGCUUAACAACUCUGAGUGGGAGCUCAUAUUAUUUUUACCCUGCUACUUAUUAAUUUUUAUUAUUAUUUACUUUGGAACAGAUUGAAAAAUAGUGACUUACCCAAAACUAUCCAGGAAGCCCAUGACUGAGCUGGGAUUUGAAUGAACUCAGGUCAUCACUCGACUCACCAAACCAUGAGUCUGUUCACAUAUGAGGUGUUCCCCAUGCAAUUGCUUUAGAAGCAGGUCUACCCAGAGGGUUAUGGAACCUGAAGCAGGCGUGAUGUUUGGGGCCCUGCUGCUACCCUUUAAAAGGGCUUAUGAACCUGUGUACAACAUUGGCUGGAGCACAUCAGCUGCUCCUUACCUUGGGAACAAGCAGACUUUCUGCACUUGUUCCUGUGGCAUGUACAGCUGGGCACUGACUUUGAGACACAUUUGUAAGGCAAAAUGACAUUAAUAGUUGACAAGUGAAAAAUUUAUUAUAUUUACAUUACAAAGUUAAAACCCCAAAGACAAAAUGAGAAGUACAAAGUCAGGGAUAAUUUCUGCCUUUAGAUGCAUGCAAGGUGAAUGGAAGCCUCUUGGAGGAAAGGAAUGAAUAGAGACCCCUGCUGUGUAAACCGAGUCAGGGUGGAAUAAAGCACUGUUAUUUUUUAGAUGACAAAGAAUUAAGCCAGAUGACAAAAGUGAUGUAGUCUGGUGAAGCCACUAUAUUUUAAAGGAAAAAUUUCUAAGAGUAAGUUUAGGAUGAACUUCAAGUCCAAAUAAAUUAGGUGAGGUUAUUUCCAUCUUGCUUUAUGCUUUUUGCAAACUAUAAUUGUGAUGUGUGUUGUGUAUUAAAGCAGUUUCAACAGUUUUCAUACCUUGGUCCUUAGAUUUAAAAUUGACACAGCCCCUACUGCAAUUCCUCUGAGAUCUACAAUUUGAAUUUAGCAGGCUUUUAAAAUUUUGGUGUUUCCUGAAAGAUAUAUUUACUGGAGUAAAAAGGGAUAUUGUGUAGACUUUUCUCUGCUGAAUGCAUUUUUAGCUAUAAAGGCAUCUUUGUUCUGCUGAAACAAUUUGUCUAAUAAGUGGCAAUUGUUCAAAUAAAGCACUGGUAUUACAAUGUAGAGAGGCGGAGGGAAGGAAAAUAGGAUUCCUAAAUAGAAGUUAUUCUUAAAAACACUAACAGUAAUUUGCUGCACACUGCAGUUUUCCUCAGAGUUAAGAUUGCCUUGAGCACAAUCUCUCUGGAUGGUAUUCAACUACUUUUACUCAGAGUAGAUCCAUUAAUUUAGUGAAUAUGACUAAGUUAAGUCCAUUAAUUUUAAUGGAUCUUCUCUGAGUAAAACUUUUUUUAACACUACCCAUAGUUCACUGGGAAACUGACAGUUGUUGCUGGAACACUUAGCAAGGCUAUAGACAAAUUUAUUCUAGGAAAUAAAUGUUGUGCUGCCUUCUAGGGUUUAUUCAAGAAUAUAACUUACAAAUGUUGGUUGUAUAUAAUAACAGUUUUCAUAUAUGUGAUUUUAUUAUUAUAAACUUUAAAGUGAUAUCAGUUACAGUAAAGCAAUGGCGCGUAACUUGUGAGCUCAAUUUCAGACAACCUCUGUAAGUGAUCAGUUGAGACCUUCUGCAAGGGUGAACUGUCAUUCAUGGGAGGAGAAUUUGUAAUAAGGCAGAACACAGAGAACUUUUAUGGGGAGAGAGCAUCCAGAGCCAAAAUAUUCCCCUCCCUAUACUCACUUGUGAGGAGCUAAAUGGGUGGUGAUGGGAGAGAAGGGGCUUGUGUCCUGCUUCCCACUGUGCCAACUCACUUGCAGCUAUUUGGUGGCCUCUUUCUUGCUGCCUUGGGCUGUAGGGGAAGAGAAGUCAGGUUUAGGUAUGGACAAAGGCCGGCAGAGUAGGUCAAUACCAGUGGGUGUGAGGCAGAAAGAAGGGUGGAGGAGGCAGUCCCUGCUCAGUCACCUGCUCCUGCUGGCACAGAUUGGCCUCUUGUCACUCCACCCUGAGCAGUGUUCGAAACUCCCAUUGUUCUAGGCGCAUUUUGCAACAGGGAAUUUCAUUAGCGCACACAGUUUUUGAGCUCUGGGCACAGUACUGUGGCUAAGAUUUCAGAUCAAAACUGCAGAGUGGAAGGAAAGGAGGGCCUUUUUCUGCCUCCCUACUUACAGCUACUCUCUGAAGACUGGAGAAGAGACCCUCUUAAGAAUAUUAGUGGAGUGGGCAGGGGAAGGACUAGACCAUGUGAAAAAUGAACAUAAUAUUUUAGCUGCAGUUCAUUCAUUUUCAGUUUUGUAUUCGUGUUAUUAAAAAAUUGUGCCUAGACAUUCCAUUGUUGCGCCCAUAACAUAGGUUUAAGGUGCCAUUUAGCUCCUAGCUUUCAUAUCUCAGUUUCUAACACUGACCCGGAGUGAAGCAGAGACACCAUGGAUAUCUUUUGCAAGUGAAAAGUUAUCAGGUGGCCUCUUUCCUCCCUAUGCUGCCCACCGAGUGAACUAGCACGUCAGAGGCACCAUAGAUGCCUUUGCUGGGACGAUCAUUUGUUUUCUCUCCACUCUUCCUGAGUGAAAUGACACAGAAACUAUGUGGGCCUUUCCCCACCUCCACUUGCCAAUGAUAUGGUGUCCUAUUGGGCCUUUACUCCAUGUCUGGGAAUGGACUCUACUCAUUCAGCAAGUCCUUUUUGUUAUUUUUCUUGUUCUGUGCUUGAGCUGUGUCUGCAAUUAAAACUCCAGUCUCCUGCCCGGGUAACUCCCUCUUUCAAUGCCUUCAGCCUGCUGGAUCAUGGCAAUGUUCCAUUUUAGCAUCCAGUUCUCACCAUGGCCAGCCAAAUACUCAUGAGAAACCAUAACAGGACCUCAGUGCAGCAACAUUCUAUCACUUGUCAAUCUCAGCAACUGAUAUUUGGAGGCUUAUUGCCUCUGACACAGCUUGAUGUCUUCUACUCCAGUGGCUUCCCAUUCCCAACUUCUUUAUCAACAACAAUGUCAGCUUCUUAUAUACAGUUAUUUUGGAUAUAGCAAGCUAGAAAUAAUAAAAUAAAAUUGGAUUGUGAUGAUGAUGAUAAAUUUAUACGCCGCCCAUCUGACUGGGUUGCCCCAGCUACUCUGGGCGGCUUCCAACAAAUUAAAAACAUUAAGCACAGUAAAACAUUAAAAACAUUAAACAUUAAAAACGUUAAAAAGUUAGAACGUUGGGUAGAGAAAGGUCUGAGCUCCCUUCUUUUUCCCUACCCCUGAUGGCCUCCAAAAUAACUAUUUGUUUUCAAAAGCAUCUGUUGGGUUUUCAGUAGAUGCUUGCAUGUAAUGAUGAACAAAAAUGCUUAAACAUGGAUGUUCUAUAUCUACUGUAUAUCCAAGCUUGACUGUGUGGCCACACCUCACCAACUUCUCCACACAAAACCUUCCAGGAUUGCCAGUGUGAAUUUUGGGGCAGGAGAAGCAUAGCUGCAGACUUCCAGUGAGCUAACUCCUGUUUUAUGUGGUGUAUGUGAGUAGACCACUAAUGGGAGCAGUUAUUUCCAAAGGCCAGUUAGCUGCUGUACAUCUGCACUAAAUUAAACAGAUCCUAGUUCAUUUCCAAAUUAUGUAAAGUGCAAAUAGAGUUCUUAGUGACUAAACUUAUUCAUUGACUGGUAUUAAAAUUGAUGGAGAUGUGAAAUGUGAAAUGGCUUUUAUUUCAUAAAUUCUGUAGCGAUAGGGCAAGAAUUUGAGGUUGAGGUUUGCAGUAGCACUUGUGAAAUCCUCUGUAUAUGUUGCUGCCCUAUAUCACGCAGUUUUCUUUCUCCCCCCGAAGAAGCUUAUGCUGUUUGCCAUGUUGCAGAAUACCAAAGAGCUCUUUUGUUUCUUUGGGAGCUGAGCAGACGUGCUGUGGUAGCUGAUAUUGCAGUGAAGAAUGGAGUAGCUGAUGUAAGUAAGAGCAGCUGUGAAGCUUCUUUGGAGUCUGCAGGCUGAUAUGAUAGGCUGCUUUAUGACUGAUGUUGUGAUACCAUGUUUUUGUAUUUGGCUGUAUAUUUACAACCCUGAGUAGGAGAGCAUAAUUUAUAAAACCUGAGUAAACAAGUCACUCCUUUGUUUCUCUAAGCAGCCUUUAAAAGUCUGUCUGUUAGCUUUACAAUGUGUGUCUGCAAAACUCAAAAUUGACAGCAAUAAUUGACUCCGCUCAAUAUUGAGGCAAAUAUUUAGAUCAUAGUUAACUUCAGAAAUGUCUCAAGGUGUUUAAAUAUUAUGUUAUCUAAUUCCACAAAUGAACAAUUAACUUUUAAAACUUCAGCUGUAUGCAUAAUAUUAAACUUUACCUGGUUACAUCUUGUGUUACUAGCUAAAUAGUAACUCAUUUUGUAUUUAAAUAUUGUGAACCCCCCUGUGAUCUUCAGCUCAAGGGUGGUAUACAAAUUUAAUAACAAACAAACAAACAAACAAACAAACAAACAAACAAACAACUGCUUCCCCUGACCACUCAUCAGAUUUGAAAGUCUAUGAAAAUGUUGUUGUUUUUUAUGUUAGUACCUUAGGAUACUCAAUCUUGCCUGCAAGAGUUUGUUAGGAAAAAAUAAUUCAUAUAAUGCAACAUUGUCAGGAAUAUUAAUCUAACUGUACAUGGCAAAUUGAUUAUUCUGCUCAGAUUUGAGGCUGUCAGACAGACAGUAGUGACUGGCAGGGCAGUGUGGGUGAGGUCAGGUUGCUGUCCUAUCUUCUUAAUGCCAUAUGUUAAUGUCAGUUACCAAGAGAGGGAGAAACAAGGAAGUGGGGAACUUGAUGUGGGUGCAAUGACAGGAGCAUCAGAUUGUUCUACCACUGCACCCAUGCUGCAUUCCUCACUGCCUUGUGCCUCCCCUUCUUGGUAACUGUCAGUGACACAUGACACAGGAAAGCCAGGUCAGCAACACUGUUUUCCCCCACAGGCCACUACUACAGGUAGAUAGUGUUAUUUCCUCUUCUUUUUAAAACUGUUGUGCUUUGUUCCACAAAUAGGUAAGGGUAAAGGGACCCUUGACUGUUAAAGUCCAGUCACAGACGACUCUGGGGUUGCAGCGCUCAUCUCGCUUUACUGGCUGAGGGGGCUGGCGUUUGUCUGCAGACAGCUUCCGGGUCAUGUGGCCAGCAUGACUAAGACGCUUCUGGCGAACCAGAGCAGCGCAUGGAAACGCCAUUUACCUUCCCGCCAGAGUGGUACCUAUUUCUCUACUUGCACUCUGACCUGCUUUCAAACUGCUAGGUUAGCAGGAGCAGGGACUGAACAAUGGGAGCUCACCCCGUUGCGGGGAUUCGAACCGCCGACCUUCCGAUCGGCAAGCCCUAGGCUGUGGUUUAGACCACAGUGCCACCUGCGUCCCAUGUUCCACAAAUAGGUCACAGUUAUUUGCAAAGCUGUCAUUUAGGGUCAGUUGCUUCCUUUCCAAGAUAUAUGGCUACUUGGUAAUACCUUGCAUUAUUUUGCGCUUUACAUAUUAAAAAUUGAAAUAUUUUAAAUAAAUUAGAUAGGAUAUUGGCCUAAAAACAUGAAUUGUAUUAGUCUCCCUACAUUUGCUGAUCUUUGAAGUAAUUUAGUUCUUUUUUAAAAAUUAUUAUUCACGAACCUAAUCAAAUUGCCAAAAGUUAUUGCUUUAUCCUCAGGCAUAAAUCAUAAAAUGAGAGAAUCUGCCCAAUAGAGUCCAGAUUAUGGUGUAUAUUUAACUGCCCUGUGCUGCCUUAGGAAAUUGAAUGUUGCUAGAAUUCAGCAUCUUACCAGUUAAUAAGAGAUGAAAGCUAAAAUGGGGUACUGCCACUACUAAACAUGUUAACAGUAUACAAACCCUCUGGACUGCAUGCGCAAGUCAUGUGAAGGGGAAGGACUGAGAAUACUGAGGAUGCAAUAGAAAAAGUUAGAGGAGGGAAGUGCAGAAAAGAUGAUGAGACUAUGGUGGUCAAGACAAACAAAACCCCACAAUGGAAGAUAUAGGAGUUUGGUGGGGGUUUUUACACAUUCAGAAGUGGGUAGACGCCUGAUUGCAAUUAGUGAAAAGUAGAUAAGUCGAACUCCUGGAAUAAAUUAAUCACAAUUUGAUGCACAGGUAUGAUAGGUAUGUGGAACCUGUGGCCCUCCAGACUCCAGCUCUUAUUCUUGUUGUUGUUAUAAUAAUUAUAUCCCACCUUUCCUCCAAGGAACUCAAUGUGGCAUACAUGGUUCUCCCUUUUCCCAUUUUAUCCAUACAACAACAUUGUGAGUUAGGUUAGUCCUUGGCCAAUUGUCAUGAAUAGUCUUAUCCAGAUAUUCAGCUGAAUGUUUGAGGGCACAGACUAUUUAGGGAGUGUGGGUUGCUGUCCCUGCUCAUUUCCUUCUGAACUUUUGCACAUUUAGUGUGCAGGACUGGUGGCAUAAGUGGGGCUGCACUGCUGACCUAGCUUCCCAACACUGCACAUUGCUGCCAGUUACCAAGAGGGAAACUGCCACUGCACCUGUGCCUGUAUCAAGCUCCCUGCUGCCUUAUCCCUCCCCUUCCCUGUAACCAACAGAGAUGUGCAUCAUUGGGAAACCAGGUCAGCAAUGUCGCCCUACCUGUGGUGCCACUCCAUUCACUACUGGAUUCUGCCUGUGAUUGAGCACUUAGAAUCCCCCUUCUGACUUUUAGCAAGGCUGGGUGUAGAGGCAGUCAAGGCGUACAUAGGGACAUUAGGAGCAGCAUGGUCCACACACCCUUUAGGAGCUGGGGCUCUCAUGCAUUUGAUUGAAUAUCUGAAUAGGGUUAUUUGAGGCUAAUAAAGUUAAACGCAGACUAAUGCUGUGUUAAAUUUUGAAAAACUCUCUUGGGUGUUUUCAUCCAACUUGUAAGACUCAUGAAUGUCAUCAUAGAUGGGUGGCAGUAGUAAGUUAUUUUUAGGUGUACUUCACCCUCCCCUCUAGUGUCAGACAACCUCCCAGUUUGCUCCACCUUCCCACCCUACACUCUUGUCUUCUGUGUGCAGUUACCCCCCUCUCUGCCCAGCAGUGAAGAGUCCUCAAGAUGGUAUCGGAUGUCCAGAAUAUCUAGUUUGAUACCUUGUUCAGGAUAACCACAUUCUACAGGAACCAAAGAAGCUGUCAUUAGUAGCAGAGCAAGGUGCAAGCAUAAAGAAGUAGAGCAGGGCUUCCUGUUAUUUCUCUCUUGGCUGCCUGCCUAAAACUUGCUGCUAAUGACAAGGUCACUAACAAAUUAGCUUGUCUUGUUAAUUGGUAUCAUCUCAUUCAGUAAUGGGGUUAAGAAGUAAUUGGUCACUCUUGAAACUUUUUGUGUGUGGGAGAGAAGAAUGUUUUUGAUAGGCAGAAAUUGCAUAAAUAUUGCUGAUCAGAUUGCUAGUAUUUAUAGUGUGUGUUGGGAAACCCAAGCUUGGCUUUUUAGUUCAAAGUUGCUACCAGUUUGAUUUUGAAAACAAGACUUAAUCAGCUGUAUACUGAAAGACUAACUUGGAUCAAUAAUUGUCUGCUUUAUGGAUAGCUUAAUACAGAAACAAUUAGAUGACAGAAGGUUGGAUGAUAUAUUUCUUUUUAUUGCUAUUUUACGUAGAUUGAAUUUAUUGGGAGUCAGUGAAUAGAUAAAGAUCAUGCUUAUUUAAGGUAAUUGUUGUGUGAGCUAGCAACUUUUAUUGCAUCUUCAUGUGUUUAUAACUGCAUUUUCUUAAAAAUGUGCUGUUAGUGCAUUAGUGAGCAAAAGGGGAACUGAUACAUUUCCUCUCAAAUCGUCCUUCAGGCAUUGUUCUAACUAGCUGGGCUUGAGCCUUUUUAUGCAAAUCCAAAUCUUAUACAAGUUAGGUGGAAGAGUAAGUUUACCAUGGCCAAACAGAUGUUUUGGCUCUCUGAAUGCUUCUGUCACCUUUAUUAUCUGCCCUUUUUAUUUUAUUUAUUUGAAGUAGAUUCCUAUUAUGGUAUAAGUUUAAUUGGAUAUUAAACAAUGUACUAAUAAAUGUACUAAUAAAACUAAAUUCUCUGGGUGUGUGUCUAAAUGUAGUUAAGACAGCAGUACAGUGGUGCCCCGCAAGACGAAUGCCUCGCAAGACGAAAAACCAGCUAGACGAAAGGGUUUUCCGUUUUUCGAUGCACUUCGCAAGACGAAUUUCCCUAUGGGCUUGCUUCGCAAAACGAAAAAGUCUUGCGAGUCUUGCGAUUUUUUUCGCUCCCCCCCCUUUUUCUAAGCCGCUAAGCCGCUAAUAGCCUUUUAGCCGCUAAGCCGCUAAGCCUUUAAUAGCCGCUAAACCGCUAAUAGCGCUAAUCCGCUAAGCCGCUAAUAGGGUUGCUACGCAAGACGAAAAAAGACUCGCGGAACGGAUUAAUUUCGUCUUGCGAGGCACCACUGUAUCUAUAUGUAAGAGGGAGGUAUUGACAGGCUUAGGGGAGCCCUAAGGUUUGCAGAUCUACAAAAAAGAUAGGUGAGUGUAAUUUCUAUGGGUUCCUUACAAAGUACAGUGGUACCUCGGGUUACGAACUUAAUUCGUUCCCGAGGUCCAUUCUUAACCUGAAACUACUCUUAACCUGAAGCACCACUUUAGCUAAUGGGGCCUCCUGCUGCUGCUGUGCCGCCGGAGCACGAUUUCUGUUCUCAUCCUGAAGCCUAGUUCUUAACCCGAGGUACUAUUUCUGGGUUAGCGGAGUCUGUAACCUGUAGCGUAUGUAACCCGAGGUACCACUGUAAAUAAUUUGGCUGGUCUGCUGAGUCCAAACUUCCUUUAAUAGUCCUCGCAGCACCUGCUGCCACCAGAUGCUUACCAUGGGAUGUCAGCUACGUGCUGCUGUUCUUGAUUGUGGAUAUCACACAAUAUUGAUUCCCCCCUACACAAUGAUACUGUUGUUGUCUAGUAAAAACAGGGUUACCAGGAAAAAUAUACAAAGUUGCCACUACACACACACACACACACACACACACACACACAAGUUCUUUCUCUGGCAUUUCACAUAUCAAUAGCCACACAUACACCUCUUUCUCACAGCAUCUUACAGUGCUCUGGAGAUAAUUUUGAGGCUGCAAAGGGGGCUGAAGGAGAUUUGAGAGGAAGUUCCAUUACACACACGGAAGUCCAUUGUGACAGUGGAGCUGCAGUGCUGGAUGCAACCUGUAGAUCCCCUUUAUUGGGUGAAGCAAGUGCCCACUACUAGCACUCAUGGCUGGCAGGCAACAAACAAGCAAAUAAGAUUCCUGUCACUUCUCCCCUCCUUAAAAAAGAAUCAUUCAAAACCAAGUUAGCUCAGUGCAAUAGGGUAGGCUCUUCUAGGAAAUGCUCUGCGUUAUUCUGUUAUUCCUGUCACCCCCGAUAGUUGGCAUUGGUAACAUUGGAUCAGUCCAUCAACUUCUGAUGGAUCAUUUAGAAGGAUUGGGUGCGGCAACACUUUUGCUGUGCGUGUGUGCCAAUAUCCAUACUCAGCAGCGUUACAUCUCAACGCAGCUCCUUCCUUGGAAGUGUCUUUGGGGUUGAAGGUACAGAUUCAGUGAAGUAUAGAAGUUUACUUGAUAGGCAUAAAACCAUAAUGAUACAUAAAGACAUUCACCACUGCUGUGGUCAAGGCAUGCUUAGAGUCCAACAAGAGUCCAAGACACUCUCUCUGCUACUCUCACCGCAAGCAAGAGACUCACAACAAGAUACACAGAACUAUUGUUGUCAGUACUUCUUGUAACACUGUGCAUGGCUAAAGAACAGUUCCCACAGAUAACGUCCUUGCAUAGACAAAACAAUCUCAGCCUUCUGCUGUUUCUUGAAACUUUUUCUCUGUUCUUCUCUGCUUCUGGAACAAAUUAUUCUCUCACACAGAGAUAAUAUCCAACAGGUAAGCCCAGCAUUAUUCCUAUAUGUGAGCUACCUGGUGUGCCUAGUUGAGGCUGCAAGAUGGAAUGUAACACAUUUGUAUUUCAUCCUUCUUUCAGGAAUCUUUGUGGUGUAUAGGGGGUUACACAUUUCAUCUCUAAACCUUUUACUUUUCCAAACAUUUUAUAAAAUAGUCCUCACUGUGCGUUUUCUGUAUUGUCAUGAAUCUCAAGUCCAAUGUUGACAACAUUUUUUGUAGAAUGAGUGUGCCCUAAAGAGUAAACACUAAAGUAUAAUCUGGAAUCAUUUUCCAUUGAUGAGUAGAAUACAGUGAAAUCAGCUUCUUUUGCCAUUUAAUUACUGUGUAUUUGAGAAUAAAUGAAGUAUUGAAAUGGCUUCCCCCAUCUCAUUUUGCAGGUGGUGAUGAAAGCUUUGCUUAUAUUUGAAUCAUGUUAAUUCAUGUAAUUUUGGUUUAUUGUUAUAGCAGCUGUCACCCUCUACAUGCUCAUUUUCUUAUUCAUUUGAUGAAGGUUUAUUUUUGGAGUAACCCCCCCCCCUUUAUUUAGAAAGCAUUUAUAUCUGCAUGAAGUGUAGUGAGAGAAGUACUGCCAUUAAAAUCUAUUCGGCCAUUGCUCAUAGUCCUUAGGUUUAUUAAAUACUCUGUAGUAAACUACUUGAUUAAGAUUCUCAAAUGGCAUUUGAGGCUGCUAUUAGUUUUGAAUUUGAAAUCUUCAUUGCACAGCAGUAUACCUUUCUGAUUAUCAGAUGCUGGAAGCAACCAAGGAUUGCUCAAAGUUCAGAGGCCCGGAGGGGCCUGGAAGUAGAGAAUGUAGCUUUAAUAGGCUUGUGGUAUGAUGUAGCAUAGCAAAUUUGACCAUUUUGUUUGACCUUUAGCACAGUAAAAUUCUUGGUGUUUGGAGCGUUAAUAGUAUACAUGCAAGUUAUUCAUCUUUUGACUUACAUUAUUUUUGCAACUUUAUAUGGCAACUUUUAAAAGGAGCCUCAUCUUGAAUUCUAUAAUUAUUUAAUGAAUUUAAUGAAAGUUGUCUAUUUGUCACCUGAAUACAAAGUAUAGUUAUACCAAAAUAAUUAACAGCAAUAUGUUCUUUGAGGUUCUUUUUUUGGCAGGGUUUUCAUAUGUCUCCAGCAGAAAGAAGCAUAGUUUACUCAAUAUUAAACUACAUUUGCCUAAGACAGCAAUCCUAUACAUUCUCAUGCGGGGGUGGGGUGGGAAGUCCCAUUGAACUCAGUGGUGCUUUUUCUGAGUACCAAUGCGUAGGACUGUGUUGUGAAAUCACUGGUAGUCUCUCAGUCCUUCAAGUUUGUGGGCAGACACUUUAGCCAUUUGGCCUAGGAAUAAACCUUAUCAACAUUCCUGUUGCUUUAAAUAGUUUUGUUGUUGUUAGUGUUGCCUUAUUGCUUGGAAGCUCUACAUAAGCUUCCUAGAUCUAAGUAGCCCCAAUCAUGGCUAGUCACCAUGGUGAGAACUUAAUGGUUAAGCACUCUUGACCCUGCUUCUCUUACUUCUAUUGUUCAUUAUACUUUACAUUCUUAUGGUCACUUCGAGCCUAGCCUAGCUAAGCCAGGGCAGCCUUGAUAAUAGCUCCACUGCAAUUUCUAAUGCUAAAAUUUAUCCGCUUGAGUGCACAUCCAUAUGAAUUAGCCAGCAUCCUGUUUUGAGAAGAGUGCCUUAUCUGUAGAAUGGGGAAAGCUCUACCAAGAAGAUGAUCCCACAAGAAGCUGGCACGUGUCUUUUCUUGUUUGAAAUUAUACUUUGAGCACAAAACCAUCACAGUUCCUCCAAAAACAGUAUAUCCAUAUCACCUAACCAAUUCCAAUUCCUGUUUCUCUUAAAGGAACUAUUCGAACCUGUUCCUUUUACUAAAUAGGAAUGUUUAUUUAGAUGACUGACCUUGGUGUUUCUCAUUUGCUGCUCAGAGGUCUGUUGCUAUCCAGUUUGAAAAGGGAUUUUUAAUGUAACACUUGUUUGAUAUCCUGAAUGCAUUUGGAAAAUAUGGAGAUAGACCUGUUGAGUGAAAUUAUUUUUGAAGGAGAUUUAUAGUUAUAAUAAGAGUUAACACUUACUUAAUCAUAAUACAGUGUUCUUUUUAUUUGUUAUAUAGCAUUAUGCCAGUAUAUACAGGCCUCUAAAGCCCAAGAUGGUGGUAGCCGUUUCAUUUCAAGUUCAGCAGAAGGUAAAACAAAAACACAGGGAAAACUGAUCAAAACUUUUUCAUACAGAUAUUUCUCUUCUAGUAUUUCUGUCCCUUGACCAUUUUGUGCCUUCUAGCUUUCCCUUCUCAGCUGAUUUCUCUAACAGAUGAUGGAUUCUAGGUAUAAAUACAUAACAAAGCUAUUAACAUUGAUCUUGUAUGCACUAAAUUUUGCUUAACUUUAGCAUCUGUUACCUAUGUGUGCAUUUCAUGGAUUACUUUUAAAAUGGGGUUUGGUUUUGGUGAACAAAUAAACAUGCUCAUGAUUAACUUUUGAAAUAAAUGAAGAAAAAUAAAAUAAUUUGGGCUGAACCUAUUUAAGAAAAGGCACACAUAGUUAAUUGUAUGUAAGAUACAACCAAUAUUAUAACCUCAUUUUGCUUACUUUCUUGCUAACCACUACUUUCCAUUUCCUGUUUCUCUUUAAGGAACUAUUCAAACCUGUUCCUUUUACUACUCAGUGUGCUUUCUGGCAUCUACACAAAAAAAACCUUGAAGUGAAACUAUUUUGAUUCUCGUAUUCAUUUUUCAGGUGAAAACUUUGAACAAACUCCAUUAAGACGCACAUUCAAGUCCAAAGUUCUUGCUCGUUAUCCAGAAAAUGUUGAAUGGAAUCCUUUUGAUCAGGAUGCAGUGGGAAUGGUUGGUUCUUAAUUUUCUUGUUGCACUUGCACUAAUGGUCUGGUGCUAUAAUAUUCAUAUUUGUAUGUUGGACCAGGAUGCAUACAUUUAUGUAGAUUACCUUCUAGAAAGUUUGUUCUCAUUCAGAAAUCAGGCCAAAUUAUGAAGACUUAACUAAGAGCAACUUUUAUUCCAACUUUAGCAUAGCCUAGAAUAACCACUCUCAGUACGGAGCCUAUCAGGUGUUAUUCAGUUCCAGCUCCCAUGAGCUCCAGCUAGCAUAGCCAAUGAAUAGGGAUGAUGGGAGUUGGAGUCCAGCAACAUCUGGACAACACUAGGCUUGGGAAGACUGACCUACAACGUGGCUGAUUGGGAGACACACUUACACAUGCACAUGAAUUCACAGAGAGAUUAAGAAGGGACAGGAAAUGGACUACUUAAAGUUACUUAUAAACAUAUAUCAUAUAGGCAUAUUGUUUCCUAAGCCUAUAUCAUGAAGGCAUAUUGUUUCCUGUCCUCUUAAGCAUGAUGUCUACUUCUAUAUGUUCUUUUGACCCUCUCUCCUACUGUCCUAGCUCCCGCUCCAGACAUGAUAACAGAGGCAAUCUGAGAGUGAAAAAAGAAUGUUAAUUAAAACAGAGUACAAUAUAGGUGCAGCAACAGAUAAAAGCUAACUCAAACAGAGCUUCUACAAACAGGGUGGAGGAGUUAACUGAGCUAGAAGCAAAGCCAUAAUUCCAAAGUCCAAGAUUCAGGGCACGGUGUUCAAAACCAUACAAGAGCAGCAAAGUUGUCCCAACCCAAGUGCCUCCAACCCAAGCUUUAUAGCCAAAGGAGAGCACAUGAAUUACUUGCGAAAAUUAGUCUUUUGAGAAUGUCUAGACUGCAGGCGCAUCAACUGUUGGGGUGGGAGUGUCUGUUCCCAUUGGUGGAGCCAUUGUUUGGCUUUGAAAGACAAUACUAAACCCUCCUUCUUGGAAUUCUGUUCAGCCACACCAGGCUGCAGCUCUGAAGUUUUCCUAGCCUCCAACAGUGUGCCCUCACAGGGAGGGAAGCAGCAGCUGGGACUCCUCCCUAGUCCUCCUCAUCUGCCUCUUCAUCUUCCUCUAGAGUCUGCUCUCUCAGGUUUGUGCCUGAAGGCACUGAGUAACUCAUGACAUCUACCCAAGUAAAUAUAUUUUCAGUAAGACAGGUGCAGGGGAGAUAGCUUAGCUACCAGUGUCGUAAGCACCACUGUCAGUAUAGCAACCCAAUAGUAGCUGGCCUCUGAGCAGCUCACAAAAAACUAAAAUGCAAUACAAAAUAAAAGCAGCAUAAAAACACAAGUUUUUUAUUGUGUGUUUUCAUCUAAUAAAAUACCUGGCUGAAUAAAAAUAAACAUUUCUAUUUCUUCCUUUCUCCCACAGCUAUGUAUGCCUAAGGGUCUGUCUUUCAAGACACAAGCUGAUGCCAGAGAACCUCAGUUCCAUUCUUUUAUCAUUACCCGUGAAGAUGGCUCUCGGACAUUUGGGUUUUCUCUCACAUUUUAUGAGGAAGUUACCAGCAAACAAAUCUGUAGCGCAAUGCAGACAUUAUAUCACAUGCACAAUGCGGAAUAUGAUAUUCUUCAUACUCCACCUACCAAUGACAAAGAUAUCUGUAGCACCAUAGAAGACUGUAAUGGCACCUCUGUAACAAAGCUACAACGAUUUAACUCCUAUGAUAUUAGCAGAGACACUCUUUAUGUCUCUAAGUGCAUUUGUCUGAUAACCCCAAUGUCUUUCAUGAAGGCGUGUAGGAGAGUGCUUGAGCAACUCCACCAAGCUGUAACUUCACCUCAACCACCACCAUUACCUUUGGAAAGCUUUAUCUACAAUAUACUCUAUGAAGUUCCCCUACCACCUGCAGGGAGAUCACUAAAAUUUUCAGGAGUUUAUGGACCAAUUAUCUGCCAGAGGCCAAGCACCAGUGAAUUGCCAUUAUUUGACUUUCCAGUUAAAGAAGUUUUUGAGUUACUUGGAGUAGAGAAUAUGGUUCAGCUCUUCACCUGUGCUCUUUUGGAAUUUCAGAUAUUGCUUUAUUCACAGCGUGAGUAUAGCCUUUUAUAUUAUAAAUGAUGGUCAAUGUGGUAAAGAUACACCUGUUCUUGAUGCAUUGGAUCCACAGUAAAGUAUGCAUAGCAGGGCUGGCAGAAGCUGACUUUCCUACUCCUGCUCCCCAGGGCAGGUCUCCCUGCCCUUCAAAAUGCUUUACUGAGGGUUGGAAAGCACUGCUGAAUGGGAGCAGGCCAUAGCAUAGGAGCUUAGACAAUAUGGGGUAUCCCUAAAAAUCAAGGGGAGGCAUCUUCCAUGAGUGGAGCUCCACAUGGAUGUUGUCUCUGUCCAGUUUUUCAAUAAGGAUUCAGUAAGGAUUGGGCUUUCCAACUGAAUCCAAUUCCCUGCUCCUGGCUUAGUGAUGUAGUCUGAGUAUACCUUGGUGAUCAUUAAAAUUAUGAAAUAAAAAAAUCUGGUGAUCUUGUAAAAUGGGUCUGCAUUUCAUUGAUGAUGAUGAUGAUGAUGAUGAUGAUGAUGAUUUAUAGCUCAUCCAUCUGACUGGGUUGCCCCAGCCACUCUGGGCUGCUUCCAACAAAUUAAAACAUCAAACACAGUAAAAUUUUCACAAGUCUCCUCAAUGAAACAAAUACCUUGAGUGUGAUCUUUCUUGAUUUCUUUUAAUUCUUUCCUUCAAGACUGCAUUAGGUAGUUAGUGCAAAUGAGUUUAAGGAGGUGAGGUCGGUUAGAUAAAGCAUAGUCAGGAAUAAAGUUGGGUGUCAUUGGUGAUGCUGCUAAUGAUAUCUCAGCAUAAGGCUCAUACUGAAUUCACAUUUAUAUAAAAGCCAUUAAUUUCUAGCAGAAUGCUUUGUUCUAAAUUUUGACUGUCUUAAAUAAAUUUAAAAAAACCUUAUCUGUAUAAUUGGUGAUAUGUGUGCUUGGCUAUACCUGUAUAAUUGGUGAUAAAAGCUACCCUAAAGCUUAAAAUGCUAUUGUCUCUCUUCAGACCUGUAAAAACCUUUAUACUAUUGAAAGUUAUACUGUGCUUGCAGAUAUUUUCUAGCUAGAUAAAACAAUUUUCUGCAUCAGUACCAGGUAACUGAAAAAGUAAUUAAAUAAAUGCUUACUGUGCAAUCUUGUGGCUGUUUAACUGAAGCAAGUUCCAUUGAAUUCAGUGAAACUUGCUGCCAGGUAUGUGGGUAUAAGAUUGCAGCUUUACUAUAAAAUAAUAAAGUGUCAUUGGGCUGGUUCCAGAGACCCCAUGAAUAAAGUUGCCGCCACAGGCGCAUAAUGGCCAUGGCAGGUGAAGGUAAGGCAACAAAAACUGGUAUUGGAUUGAAUUAUGCCACAACUUUAUUGAUUACAGGAAAGAGUAGAUUUGGCUGAGGCAUUCGGUAUGUAUUCUGCAGCAGGCAGCUUGCCUACUACCUGAUAGGAACCUGGUGGGGUCAAACCUGUGCUGGGGAGUCACCCCCAACAUUGAUUAGAUGGCACAGUCCUGCACAGGCCACCACUGGGAGAGUUUUAUUGAUCCAUUGGCCCCACAAUGGACUCAUGGACAGAGUCACCCCUCCUGGACCCCUCUAAUGGGGUACCUCUGAGACUAAGGAUGCAGCCCAAUGCCUUAUCUGCCAAAAUUGUGACGGUUGCUAUGAGGUAAGUGAAAACCUACAAGCCUGCCAAUUUGCUUGCAGGAGAAAAUUUCUCCCUGGCCCCAAAUAUGGUGACUGAAUAAACCAUAGCAAGGUCCAUAGCAAGGCAAUGUGCCUGUCCACCUCACCCCCCGGCUGGGCGGGCCCUUUAAGACUGGGUGGGUGGGUGGGAAAAUCCCACGAAAAUCCUCCAAAAGGGCGGCCAACACCUGGCCACUCCCUUAAAUAGGCUAGGAGUGGGCUGCUCGCAGCCCACAAGCCUCAGCCUCUGAUUGGCUGAGUGGGCACUGCCUGUCCUUACCUGGGAUCCUGACAUGGCCAGAGGUGGGCAGUGCCAGCAAUCCUCUUCCCUGGCCGCACUGGAAGAUGGCAGCUUCACUGAACCCACCAUGGCCACGCUGUGCAGCAUUGGCCGUCCACCUGGAGUCCCAGGUGAGCAGAUAUUCUGCUCCAUGCAGCCUCCUGCUUGCAGAAUAAUACGGUUAUUUUAACUCAUUUCCUCUUGCAUUUUCUAUAAAUUCUGGUAUAUAAAUAUCUACAAUAAAAAAAUUAUUCAAGUAUGUUGGAUAAUCCUUUAGCAUAGUGUGGGAGAUAACAUGGUACUUAGCAAGGGGAUGGGGGAAUUGGUGAAAAUCACCUCCGACUUGUGUGAGUAGGAAGACCCUCAGUCCAGUUGCCAGCCUUUUGUUUAUGGAACACCUGCUCUGAAUAUGCCUGUAAACAUUUCCAAAGGAUAUAAAUGCCCUAGAGACCCCUGAGGACCAUUUGUAAUCUUUGGGAUGGCGCUUCUCUCUAGAUCACUUAAGCAGGACCAUUCUGGUGUUGACCUUUAAAGCCCUAAAUGGCCUUGGCCCUAUAUAACUGAAAGGGUUUCUCCACACCCAUCAUCCACCCUGGACACUGAGGUCCAGCACCGAGAGCCUUCUGGUGGUUCCCUCACUGCGAGCCAAGAAGCUACAGGGAACCAGGCAGAGAACCUUCUCGGUAGUGGCACCCUCCCCGUGGAACACCCUCCUAUCAAAUGUCAAGGAGAUAAACAACUGUUUGACUUUUAGAAGACAUUUGGAGGCAGCCCUGUUCAGGGAAGUUUUCAAUGAUUGACGUUUUAGUAUUUUUAAUAUUUUGCUGGGAGCCACCCGGAGUGGCUGGCGCAACCCAGUCAGAUGGGUGGCAUAUAAAUAAUAAAAUUAUUAUUAUUAAUUUUGAAAAUUGCUUCCCCAGGGGGGAGGGGCCACCCAGCUUUCAGACUAAGGGCAGGAGUCACCUAACCAGCGCCAUCAGCAAUUCAGCGGAAGUUCUGCACAAGGACUUUUCCACGUGCAAUGGAGCUUCCCCCCUCCCUUGCUACCCCCCAAAAUUGACUUUGAGGAGCUUGGGGAAACCCCCCAGAACAGUGCAUGGGGGAAGGAGAGGGAGGAUCAUGCCAACUGGCAAUAGUGGGACAUUGAAUUCCACCCAUAGUCUGUGUAACAAAGCAUUUAGUCAGGCUGAGUUCCUUCUCAGAGCUUUGAUAAGAUUCUGCACAAGGUGCUGGAAUAGUAGCGUUUGGUCCUCAGCCGUUUUCCCUGCCCCCCUGUUCAGGUAUGUCACAAGAAUUAGUAAUGCUCUUUUGGAGGCUCUAGGGGAAAAUAUUUAUAUAUUUUUACUGAGAAUUUCUGAUCAGAAUCCUCUGGAGGGUGUUCCAUCCACAUCAUCUCCUGAAUUGCUUGUUCCUCCUGUAUUGCUUGCUCUUCCAAUCUAGUCUGGGAGUUGGGUAGUCCUUUCACCUGGAGAAGCAAUUUAGAAUGCCCCGGCCUAAGUGCUCCAGAGGGAGGCACCAUCCCGAGGAUUAGGAAUAUGAGGACUGAGAACAAAAAAUUGUGGUAAGAAAAUGACUGUUUUUUCUUUCUCCCUGAAACAUUCAAACUAAGUUUAUAAACAGCCUUUUUAAUAAACAUGCUGAUCAUAAUAGUGGUUGAUAGACAACAUAAGUCAUACUACGAGUUAACCCAUUGAAAUAAAUGACUUGUUACUUAAAACCAUUGACCUAAUGCGUCUACUCUGCGUAUGACUUAUUCGACUAUUACUCAAUACAGUAAGCUAUCAAAUCAUAGUAAGUCGAACUAGUUUGGAUAAAAAAGCUGGAAGUCUUUUUUUGCAGGUUCAAUAGUUCCUCUUCUAUCCAUCCCUCAUUCUCUUUCUUCACAUUGUUUUAAAGUUCCUAUUCAAAAUAAAGUUUAAAUAUGGUCUACUCUUGUUCAGAUUCCUUCCGCUGUUAAGUGCCCAAAAUAUCUUAAGGCUUGUGAAUUAAAUAUAGCCUUUCUGGCUCAGCCACAUUAACAAUUGGUGAUUAUCUGAACUGAAUCAAUGACCGUUCUUGAAUUAUUUUUUUUACUGUGAUAAUUUAUGUAGACUUUGUAAAUACUACAACUGGUUAACCUGAAGUGAUAAAACCUUUCUGUGGAAACAGAUUGCCUAUGUGUAUCAACGGUUUAAUAUUAUAUUGAAGAAAAAGUUCAGUAUAAAAGUUCAAGCUGCAACAGAGUCUGCUGAAGAUGCAAUGGCCAUAUGUGUCGGAUUUUAGCAGGCUCAAUAUAGCGCUAUUUCCCCUCUCCUCCAUCCCAUGUAUUGGGGAGAAUGGGAGGUUGGUCUGUGGCUCAUAAAUCCUUUUCCUUUCUACUGGGUGCAAGUUAUUUUUAAAAUAAUAAUAAAAACUUCUCUGCAUGAUAUCUGGUAGAAAGCUAUGUUUUACUUUAUCUUUCAUUUCCACAGAGACUAAGCAACUGAUAUUUUUAGAAUAUGUAUUGUGCAAUGCCUUGUGUUUGUUUCUUAGUGCUCUUAGUAUUAAGCCUCUAGGUUUGUGCUGAUGAUUGCAUUUUCAUGGUGGCUCUCUAAGUGUGUUCUCUUCUUCACUACUUCCUGUUUUUAGAUUACCAGAGACUGAUGACUGUGGCAGAGACAAUCACAGCACUGAUGUUUCCAUUCCAAUGGCAGCAUGUCUAUGUUCCCAUCCUUCCAGCCUCUCUCCUGCAUUUUUUAGAUGCUCCUGUCCCAUAUUUGAUGGGCUUGCACUCCAAUGGACUAGAUGACCGGUCUAAGCUGGAGCUCCCUCAAGAGGUGAGAAAUUUUACUCGAGUCAGGCUUCAAUGCUUGCUAAACUGUUUCCAAAGGAGAGAAUUUUGAAUUAGUGUUAUUCCUGCUCUUCCACUUAUAAAAGUCUCUCUAGAACAAUGUGUAAUUUGGUUUCAGGUAGAUUGGGUAAAGGACUAGUUAAGAAGAAGAAAAAGCUGACAUUCUUUCAAAUUGAUUGUUGUAACUUUAAAAUUUAGAAAUUGCUUUAAAAAUUAAAUGUGAUUCUCAGGAUAUUGAAUCUUUUCCUAAUAUGACCUACACUUGAGAUUGUAAGAUGAAGGUAUGCUUUUGGCUACAUAUUUUUGUUAGCAGCAUCCCUUAGCCGUAUUCCUUUUGCUAGGAAGAGUUUCUCAAUGGUAAUUUUAAAGUAUGUUAACAAAAAUGGAGCAGAACUCAUACAGGGAAUUAUUGGUAUAACAGGUAAUGUGAGUUGAGUGGUUAAUGUGCAGUACAACCAACCACUGUGCACAUAAUUUAUGCAUAAAGAAUUAUACAUAUUGCCCAGUUACUAGACCUUCUCUACAAAAGGACUUUGUCGCGGGUGGCGCUGUGGGUAAAACCUCAGUGCCUAGGACUUGCCGAUCAUAUGGUCGGCGGUUCGAAUCCCCGUGGCAGGGUGAGCUCCCGUCGUUCGGUCCCAGCUCCUGCCCACCUAGCAGUUCGAAAGCACUCUUAAGUGCAAGUAGAUAAAUAGGGACCGCUUUAUAGCGGGAAAGUAAACGGCGUUUUCGUGUGCUGCGCUGGUGCUGGCUCACUAGCUGCAGCUUCGUCACGCUGGCCACAUGACCCGGAAGUGUCUUCGGACGGCGCCGGCUCACAGCCUCUAGAGCGAGAUGAGCACGCAACCCUAGAGUCGGACACGACUGGCCCGUAUGGGCAGGGGUACAUUUACAAAAGGACUUAGGUAUGUAUGUAUAUAUAGACUCCAUUUUGUACAUUUUCUGGCCAGUAUGCACAUUCUCCUGCAAUCGCCUUAGCACUACUUUGAAUUCAACCCACUAUAUAUUGCCACAGCAGUUCAUGAAUAAGAUGAAAGUGACUCUUGUAGAUGCUUCAGUGUUGGAGUUGGCCUUUAUGAUUCUGGCUCCUGUGGAUGAGUAUGAGUUUUUAAGAAAUCCAGACAAUAAAAAGGUAGCAAAUUCUUACAUCGUGUUAUGAAACCUCAGCACCUAGCUAUUAGAGCAAUAGCAGCUGCCACCUUCAUAGCACAUGUGUCCAUGUUAUGGGCCAGGAUCUUACUUAAGAAAAGGCCUUAGGCUGACAUUCAUGUUAAGAAGGACCUUAAUAAAUUGGCCAAGGUUGUUGCCUUCAUAGUGUACGCAAGCUUAGAUGCCCUUCAGUUCUCUUCUAAAGCACUGGAUUCUGGUGUUGCUGUCCAGCAUCAGUUGUGGCUUUGGAACUGGAAUGUUGACACCAUAUUUAAGUCUAAUGCAAAGAUGUUUGGCCUCUGCAAUUCUCUGAAUUGUUUGCUACAGUAAGGAAUUGUUGUUGAGGGCAUAAACAAUUAUUACAUGUCUUACAAGUUUCCUUUACGGAAAUGCAGAUUACUUUCCUUCCUGCAUUUCAAGCACAGCUGAAAAGAACAGGAUAUGUGUGUUUCCUCUUAAUCCACUGUGACCAAGCAUUGUAAAUAAUCUGACACUGUAUCAAGGAGUCAAGAAAAUAUAUCAGAAAUAAGGCCUUCUAAUUUUGGUAAGACUUACUCCAAAGUGUGCCUAGGAAUUCAGCCUUAAUCCUUUCCAGUUGGGCAGUUAUCCUACUUUCUAAUUCAAAUUAUUCUCUCUCAAGUUGUUAUAUACAUUUCCAGUUUUUAAUGAGUGUUUGUUUACACAUUACGAUACCUAGGAUUUCUUUGCACAUUGCAAAAUGACAACACAGGCAUUUUACAUGUGCAGUAUGUGUCAACGUUUUAUAUCUGCUCAUGAUUUCUCUUAUAUCUCUCCUGACUUAAUUCUCAGGCAAAUUUGUGCUUUGUGGACAUAGACAACCACUAUGUUGAAUUGCCAGAAGACUUGCCUCAAUUUCCAAAUAAACUUGAAUUCAUUCAGGAAGUCUCUGAGAUCCUUAUGGCUUUUGGGAUUUCACCCGAGGGAAACUUGCACUGUAGUGAAAGUGCCUCCAAGAUGAAGAGCCUCAGAACAUGUGACAUAGUCUCUGAUAAGAGAAAUGGUAACCUAGGAGGAACAACUUUAAAUUCAUAUGAACUGUUGAAAGAAAAUGAGACCAUAGCAAGACUUCAAGCACUUGUUAAAAGAACAGGUGUGAGCCUAGAAAAGGUAAUUUCAUAAUACUUAUGGAAGCGUCACACUAGAACAUUGUGCAGCUGAUACUGGAUUGCUAAGGAACUUUACUGUGAAUCUGCAUUACUACAGUGGUACCUCGGGUUAAGUACUUAAUUCGUUCCGGAGGUCCGUUCUUAACCUGAAACUGUUCUUAACCUGAAGCACCACUUUAGCUAAUGGGGCCUCCUGCUGCCACUGCGCCGCCGGAGCAUGAUUUCUGUUCUCAUCCUGAAGCAAAGUUCUUAACCCGAGGUACUAUUUCUGGGUUAGUGGAGUCUGUAACCUGAAGCGUAUGUAAUCUGAAGCAUAUGUAACCCGAGGUACCACUGUACUUUGUUCUAAUCCCAGUUUUGUUGCAUGCCACUAUGCCUGUGUAAUUUUGAGAGACUUGUCUGCUACAGAGAUGUAUGGAGUUUAUUUUACGUAUGGAGCAAAUAUGUUUGCCAACAUUCACAGUUGUAGUGCAGCUUGGCUGCCUAUGAGUUUUUGUUUUAAUUUGUGGUGCUCUAGUACCACUGAUCUAAUACCAGGUCUUUAAUGAGUAUUGCUUAAAUUGUGCCAUUGAUUUAUUAAUUUGUCAUUUUCAUUACCUUAUUGCAGUACAGUAUUUGAAUUGUAUCCCAUAACUCUUCUCCUUUAAGGUUGAUUUCUGUUUGUGUGGUCAGAAUAUUUUUUUGCAUUUUUUUUUAGUAGUCAUGACAGCAGGCAUGAUGGUAAGCUUUUGAUGUUGGCAAGCUUUUGAUAUUGAAAUGCCUAUGCUAUAAAUGUUCCUCACCUUGAUUUUCCUUUUUUUGGGGUGAAGAUAUACUUGAAGCUUGAUAUGGAAUAGUAUUUGAAAACUGGGUGUUAGUUAUGCCAUCAAACCAAUUAUUUCUUUUUUUCCUUUUGGAGUUACAAAAAUAAAGUCAUAUUGGUAAAAACAUAACAUACAGCAUCAUCAAAUCUAUUAUUCUAAACCUUGGUGAACAAAAAGAAUGUUUGUAUAAAACAAUUAACCAAGUUUGACUAUUAUAAAUGAGUUUAGACAUUACUGGGUUGCUUCAUAUCCUGUGAAAUCACUUAGUAACAGGAUAUGGAUACAUAUUCCCCCAAAUAGUAAGUAAUUUGUGAUUUUACUGGCAGAUGAUAUUAGUCAAUAUUUUUAAAAAAUGACUGUGAACUGGUCUGUUCCUUUCCCCUAAACCUGAAAUAUUUUUUUUAUCAGAUUCAACUGGUUUACUUGUUUGUAAAAACAAUUUCACUUAGAAAACAAUUUAUUCAAAAUGCAUUAGGAAAAAGGCACUGUUGUUGCUCCGUUCUUGUCAUGAAUAUAAACACAGCACCAUCCUGUAUCAGCUCUUGUAAUUCCAGAAAAUAUUCAUCAUGGACAUAACCCUAGUCUCUGACAGGCUUAACCUCACAUAAGUCAAAUGGAGAAUUUCUGUGUGAAUAAUUAUAGCUUCAAGUUCUUUUUCCUUAUAGCUUGAAGUUCGAGAAGAGACUGGUAGCAGCAAGAAGGAUCUCAAAGUGCAAUGUGAUGAAGAAGAGUUCAGAAUUUACCAGCUGAAUAUUCAAGUGCGGGAAGUUUUUGCUAAUCGUUUCACUCAGAUGUUUGCAGAUUAUGAAGUAUUUGUUAUUCAGCCCAGUCAAGACAAAGAGUCAUGGUUCACCAAUAGAGAGCAGAUGCAGAACUUUGAUAAAGUGAGUAUAAAGACACCAUGAAAGCAGAGGACAGGGGAUCCAUAUGCAUGAUGGGAAGGAGAGUAGGACACAUGAAGUAUCAUGGCGCAGUCCCAAUCAUACAAACCAUGGUUUGGAGGACUGGGAACUGAGGCACCAAAAGAGUGUUCAUUUGUAAAGUAGCCCUUUAUAUCAGUCAGAAUUAGCUCUAAUUUUGUUAAGAUCAAUGUGGUAAAUUGUGAGAAGGAUACUGUAUGAUGACUUAAUUCCUUUGAAUGUUUAACAGGUGGUGUGAAUCAGAUCUUGUUAAAAAGAUAGAUCAGAAACAAAAUACUACUUUUGUAAACUGACUUAUUAGUCACAGGUUAUUCGCUUUGCUAUAAACUGAUAGUCCCCUCCCCCACUAUGUUUCCUUUGUGCAUAGCUGUCUGCCUAUGAUGAUUCAAGCUGGUAAGGGCCAAAUUAGACAACCACUGAGUGACGGGGUGAGCUCCCAUGGCUCUGUUCCAGCUCCUGCCAGCCUAGCAGUUCAAAAGCACGCCAUUGCAAGUAGAGAAAUAGGUACCGCUGCAGCAGGAUGGCAAACGGCAUUUAAGUGUGCUCUGGUUUCCAUCACGGUGUUCUGUUGCACCAGAAGCGGUUUAGCCAUGCUGGUCACAUGACCCAGAAAGCUGUCUGUGGACAAACACCGGCUCCCUCGGCCUGAAAGCGAGAUGAACGCCGCAACCCCAUAGUCGCCUUUGACUGGACUUAACUGUCCAGGGGUCCUUUACCUUUUUACCUGUAUAUCUGUUUCAAAACAGAGUGUAUAUUAAAAUAUAUAAUAAAAUAAUACAUUUAAAAUAUAGUAAAAUAGAAAAUAAUUUGAUUGUGUUGAUAAUUGAAAGUAUUCUUCAUAUCCUUCAGAAAUCAUUUAACAUGUGGAGACAAACACAUUUUCUUUCAAUUUACUAGGCAUCAUUCUUGUCUGACCAGCCAGAACCUUAUUUGCCUUUCCUCUCAAGAUUUUUGGAGACACAGAUGUUUGCUUCCUUUAUCGACAACAAGAUUAUGUGCCAUGAUGAUGAUGAUAAAGACCCUAUUUUGAGAGUGUUUGAUUCUAGAGUGGAUAAAAUUAGACUGUUAAAUGUUCGAACACCAACUUUGCGCACUUCCAUGUAUCAAAAGUGUACUACCAUUGAUGAGGCUGGUAAGCUCUGAAAUAUUAUCUUUAAAGGCACUAUAGUUAUGUCUACUGGUAAAACCAAGUUAAUGCUCAGCUAGGAGCAGAUAGAAUGAAGAUCUUCAGAAAUGCAGUAGUUUUAAAAUACUAUUAAUAAAUGACACUAUUUAAGAGAUGGGUUCAAAUGGAAAUAUGAAUGUUUUGCUCUCAAGGGGGUUCUUUAUACUCCUUUAGCACUCUGAACAGGAUACAUAUUUCUGACAGUAGCUUUCUAACUUGUGUUUCAUAGACCUGGGGUUCCUGUCUUCCCACUUGCCUCUUCUAUUCUCCUUUUUUAAUCGCGCAUGACGACCUCUUGUCAGAAUGAUACGGUUUAAGAUGUAUAUGUAAUGGUUUUGUUUUUCUUCAGAGAAAGCUAUUGAAUUAAGGCUUGCCAAAAUAGAUCAUACUGCAGUCCAUCCCCACUUGCUAGAUAUGAAGAUUGGACAAGGAAAAUAUGAACCUGGAUUCUUCCCCAAACUUCAGUCUGAUGUUCUUUCUACAGGGCCAGCAAGCAAUAAGUGAGUAAGCUAUGUUUGGAAGAUCUUCUGCUUAACAAAUUGCACAAUUUGGGGGCCAUUCAGCUUUUGAAUUGGGAGUCGGUUGUGAUAACUAUAAGAUGUAGUAUGCUGGUGACAGUUGAGACUUGGAUGUAAUGGUGACAGUCAUGAACAUACGAACUUACAGGUGAUAUGCUAACCAUUCUAGAGUUAAGUUUUGAAGCUACAUACUAGAGCAGGGAACAAAAGUGAGAAGUGAAAAAUUAAGCAUCCAGUUUUUCUUGUAAUCUCAACUUCCACAAAUAAACUUUGACUAUCAUAGUCAGUUUUCAAACAUUUAUAAUAAAAAUAUGUUAUUUUUGGGGUUUGACCUAGUAUAGGUUUCUGGUUAAACUGUAUGUUGUACUACUUUUGACCACAUCUCCCUAUUGACUGCAGUCCAGAACGGACAUAUAUAUUCCCUUUUUCAGUUUGUGAGCUAGAAUACAUUUUUAAAAUAUUGAUUAUAAUUUUCUAGAUGGACCAAACGAAAUGCACCUGCACAGUGGAGGCGGAAAGACAGGCAGAAGCAGCACACAGAGCACCUUCGUCUUGACAAUGAUCAGAGAGAGGUGAAAACUGUUGAGCAUAAUUUCCAAUCUAAUGUCUUUAUUUUCUACAGAAUAAUAAUGUAGGUUAUCAGACUGUAUGUAUAAGAUGCUUUUCCCAACCCCAUGAAAAAGCAUAGUCCAGUUCUUCAUCUAAUAUAAAUAGUAACCUAUUCUAAAAAUAAAGGUCUUUGCCAGGGGUUGUCUGUCUUUGGGGGCCUUUGGGCACAUUUGAAAUAGGAGAAACUAUUGUAGAUCUCUCUCUCUCUCUCUCUCUCUCUCUCUCUCUCUCUCACACACACACACACACACACACACACUUAUUUGCUGUCCUUCCCACCAGCAGUUAGGCUUUCAAAAAUGUGUUUACUUUUUUUCAAGCUAGUUGGGAGGUGGUGUGAACUUCCUGGAGAAUGCAGCUGCAGUCUACAGGAAGGUCACUCUCCACAGCAAUGAGACUUAGAGGAGUUGAUGGUCCCUUCCCCAGCUCUAAUUCCCCAAAACUGCCCUCCUGACAUAGUUGAUCUUGAAACACAGCCUCAUAUUGGUUGCAAUAGAAGGCUUCUUGCAAGCAUAAUUUCAUCAGAGAAGGGGUAGAGCAAUGGGAUCUUGUGGGUGCCAAGAAGGCCUCUCUGGUCCAUGUGCACCCAUGGGCAUUACAUUGGCAAGCCAUGUUUUGUGCCAAAUGCAAUUGUGCACAGCAGCCUAAGACAUCAUGGACUUAUACCCUUUAAGGUUCCCUAAACCUUCCAUGAACUGCCAGCUCCAUUUCUGCAGGACCAUCUGGUGAUGGUUGCAUAACUCCAGCUUUCUCAUCUCAGUCCAUAGGAUGGGUCUUUAUCUUGCAAAAUCUGUCUGGAAGAAGACGAAUUUACCUCUUUCCUUUCCACAUUUCUGUAUUGGCAAGUGUAAAUUUACACUGUCACAUCAAUUUACACCAUCACCUGCCUUAUGUGAGGGUUGGAUUGCACACUCCUUACCCCUUCCUGAUUAGUGACUUUCCGCUGAACUAGCAAUUCACACACAUAACACAAAGUAAAGGUGGGCUGGACAUCUUCUUGACAUCUAUGAGGACCCAUGUUGUUUGCAUGUAUGUUUUGGGGAAACAGCCUUACAGUGUGGUUAUACAGUGUGGUUAUAUUGUUUGUUUUUUGUUGUGGUUUGUACCCUGUUUGCUUUCUCUCUCAUGCCUUCCCUCUAGCCUUGAUAAUGACUUCUCCACUAGACUUUCUGAGGUUUGGUUGUCAUCUUCCAAUACCCAAAGAGUAUCAAUAUGCCAUUGAUGUCAAUUGGGGGGGGGGAGCAGUUAUAUAAUCACUGAAGAACAGUCUUCUGCUACCCCAAAUAUGUAAAAACUGAGUUCUAAGCUUCUGUCAUUUUCUUUUUUUAAAAAGAUCUUGUCUUAUGUGUUGAUGCAUGCAUUUUAUUCUUUUCUCUGUUGAAAUCUGUUAUUUAUAAAUUGCAUUACAUCAUUAUUCUUUCUCACUUUGGAAAGACAUAAAUUGUCUUAAGCAGCCUCUGUCCUCUUUUUGCAUGUGUGCUCUCAUUAUUUCAUGUCUGCUUACCAUGCUUUCAUCUAACAUGAGCUAUAUUAUUUUUGGUUUGUUUUUGUUUUUUGUUUUGCUGUCUUUCCUAUUUUGCCAGCAGCUGGAUUUUCCUUUGCCAGACCUUCAGUUGCAAUUUUGUUUAGACUUGGACCAGCAUGAUUGGCCUUUCAGGCACUCUUUUAAAUCUGUUUCAGAACUAUACCUGGUAUGUUGUGUUUAUGUAGGUACAUUGUGUGUGCGUGUGUGUGUGUGUCUUGUUAUAUAUAAUAUGAAAACAUGGUGUUCGGUUAUGGUACUGAACAAAAAUACAUAGUUAAGUAUGUAUUUCAGAGUCCAAAGAGAAUUUCUCUUACAGUGGCUGAUAAGUUCAGUCCAAAUGCAUUUUAUUUGAUAUUAACCUGGGAUCAUCUUAUUAUUAUGCUAUUACAAAUUUAUUGGAUAGUGUAAUCAGUGCAAUGGUUCUCUAUUCAUGCAAUAAAAUGCUUCAGUUUUUUCUUGAACAAUAACAAUAGCCAGUUAUUGAUCUCCAGUACAAUAAAACAAAAGGCAUUAAUGCUUUGAGAACUCAAUAUGCCAUUUUUUUUAGAUAUUUCUUUACAAAAGAGCAAAACAUAUACUUCCACAUAUAAGUGCUUUAAGUGUUUUAAAAGUUGUGCAUUUCUAUAUAUGUAUGUUCCUCUUUGUUUAUAGAAGUAUAUCCAAGAAGCUCGGAAUCUUGGCAGCACUAUUCGGCAGCCCAAAUUGUCUAACCUUUCGCCAUCAGUAAUUGCCCAGACCAACUGGAAAUUUGUUGAAGGUUUGCUGAAGGAAUGUCGAAAUAAGGUAUUGUGCUGGUCUUUAUUGAGGCAGCCUUUGCUAGUACUAUGGAGCUAGGUAGUAGACUAUGUCCUAAUCUUAUGGUGCCUCGAUACUGAGAUGGAAGGCUCCUCCAUUUAUUUCAAUGGAGGGAGGGAUUUCAUGCAUAGAAAGGGAUGUGCCUCAAAAUUGCUCCCUCUUGUGUAAAGUAUGGGGAAGUCCCCUUGUACAGGAAUUUUGUGGAUACUCAAGUUUAGUCAUAAAAAAGAGUACAGUUCAGAUAAUGUACUCUUUCCUCCAUAUUGUGGUCAUGGUUUCUUCUUUUUUGGUCUCAGAGCCACAACUGAUGCAAUUCUUCUUAAGGCUGUUUUAUGGUGCCCAUAAAUGUUGUGAUUUUUUGUACAUGAUUGUACAUGCAGGGAGUUGGACUAGAUGACCCUUGGGGUUCCUUCCAACUCUACAGUUCUAUGCAGGAACAGAGAGGAGCAUCUAAUCUUGGUUUUCUGGUACUUGUAUCUGUCUGAUGCAGGUUUCUGCUGUAUCCACAAAUCAGUAUUAAAUGUUUUGCAUGUAUCCAUAACUAUGGGAAGUUUUGAAGCAGAUCUUACCUUAAAGAAUUCUGUUGAUUUAACAGUGCCAAGGGUUAGCCUUAAGUAAUCUGCUAUUAGUCAGCUAGAGGAAGAUGGAUUGAACAGUGUGUGUGAAAUCAUGCUUGUAUUUCAGCUGAGCCCUCUAUUAGCUAAGCCCAUCUUUCAAGACUGAUAAAUUGGAAUUGUCAAAUGAUAGCAACAGUGGGUAUAAGAAGUAAAGUCUGCAGUGUGAGAUGAUUAAGGAUAAACCUUAGAGGCAAAUAAUAUAUCUGUAAGAAAAGACAGAGACACAGGACUGUCUCUGCUUUAAAGUUGUUACCUGAGAAAGAUGAGAUGCUUUUAUUGAUAGUGGCAAAGACCUGUGUAAAAAAUGAGCUGAAACUGUAUCAUGUUCUGUUCCUGUCACAAUUGCUCUAUAGCGCUAGCAUUUUAUACCAUCUUACAAGAACAGCUGUAAAGUCUAUUAUCAAUUGUUUAAUUUUUCCUGGGGCAUUUGGAGGAAAAUGUGUUGCUGUGUCAGAUUGUCAACCAAGGUCCUGUUGUUAAAGUUGUCUGCUGUAGCACGCAAUGUAAAUUAAUUUACUGAAAUGGAAAGGCACAUUCCUUAAGCCUAGAAGAAAAACUGCUUCUGUAAUAAUUUAUAGAUAAAGAGAUUUGCUAGUGUAAUGAUGAGAUUGUUGAUAACUAUUGAAUAUUUCUAAAACAUAAUCUUAAUAGGUGAGGAACCUUAAAGUGGUCCCCUUUCUCCCUGUUUCAUCAUUUAUCCUUUUCUGAGGGCACCAUUUCAGGUGAAUCCUGAAACAGAGAGGUAGGGUGUGACACAGUGAUAUUUGCUGUUUUGGGGAGAUGAAAAAGGGCUUAAAAUGGUGACAUGGUAUUAAUUUUAGAAGCUGCUGGUUGUGCUGGCAACUUUGGUAGCAGAGGCAGAACUAUCCGUACUACAGUGACCACUGUAAAGCCCUUCCUCUCCUCAACAAAGUGGGGAGGGGAGCUUCUUUGGUGCACCCCUACAGUAGAUAAUUUCUGCAGAGUGGAGAAUCCCCAAACAGCAUCAUCAUGAGUGCAGUUUUCCUAGUAAGUCAUAAACAUACCACAACUUUUUUUCUCUUCGAACCUGAAGUUACUUUACAUAAGCAGACAUGCACAAAUGUGCAAAGUAUAACAGUUGUUAAUUAGAAAUUCUAGAUUGUAUGUAGACAUGUCCUCCCAGAUUUUUUCCAGUUUAAUCUAUGAUUUUCCACCCAAGGGUUAGGUGGGGUGCAGGAAUCCUGAGAUCUUUAAUUGUAUUUUCCUAAUUCAAAGAUGAGAAAUAUGGGGCACUCGCAGUAAUUUUCAUCCACAGAGGUAAUGUGUUUAGGAUUAUCAAUUUUCCAUUAGGGACAAGUAUAGCUGCAGAGCAGUUUUUGCAAGACAAUGGCAACAUACGUUCUACAGAUUAGAAAUAAAUCAUAUAAUGCUUGAACUCAGAGGAGGAUACGGAGUGCCUAUAGUAUGCGCAGAACACACUUUUGUUUUCCAAGCAGCGAUGUUUCCAAAUGCCUUUUCUGGCUGUAACCACCUGUGCUAUACCCCAUGACAUGCCAGUGGGGCCCAUGGUGCUCAUGUAUGGAUUUGGGGGGAACAAGGGCUUCAGCAGGAAGGGGGUGGGCGGGAAAGCCCUGUUCAGCAAGUAUAAUUCUCUGUUCACAUUUCUUUUUGAUCUUCUAGACCAUUGUGUUUUGAAUCUCCCGGUUUUCUUAUUGUCUGAUUUCUGACAUAAAUAAUAUUGCAGAACAGGUGGUGUGGAUUUGCACACACAUGCAAACCAUAGACUUACGUUCACCUUUCCAUUGUGCUGAACCACUGGUGUCAGCAACUUUUCCAUUGUGCUGAACAAGUUUGCCAUGUCUGAUUUCUAUAGAAAAACAAGGCAGAAAAGUGAACAAUGCUGGCAGUAUGUCGCAACAGAUAAUCAUUGCCAGUUAAAACAACACAUUUUAUAAUUAAAAUCACUGUAUUUUACUCAGCUAACAUGUUGCUCACAUGAUGUGAAGGCUGUCUAAUAUUCUGGUGGUUUCAUCUGACAAAUAGUAACUGUCCAUUUCUCUUUCUGUCUCAAAAGACAAAGAGAAUGCUAGUGGAAAAAAUGGGUCGUGAAGCAGUCGAACUUGGUCAUGGUGAGGUGAACAUUACAGGUGUAGAAGAGAAUACAUUAAUAGCUAGUCUCUGUGAUCUCUUGGAAAGGAUAUGGAGCCAUGGUCUGCAGGUGAAGCAGGUAAGAAUUGAAAUUACCACUCUACAAUUUUUCAAAUAUUUACUUACCUUUUAAAAAUGUGCCAUCUUUUUGUAUUGUUUUCAGAUAUUAAGAAAGAGUUGUGCUGAUACAUGCUUGAAUUUUUUUGAAUGAGAUUGAAAUCUUUUAUGUAAAUUAGAAUUUGCAUUUUAGGUAGAGCUGCUUAAUUUAAUACUAAGGGUUGGAUCCAGCGGAGGAUCUUCUCAAUGGAGGACGUAGAGAUAAUUUUGACAGAUUCCUCUUUCAGUACUCAUGGUUGCCUCCUACACUUCUGAAUGCAUCUCCAAUACCCCAAGGAAAGUUUUUGGGGGGUUGCUGGGGAAAGGAGAAAUUCAAAAAAUUACCUCUUCCCCAAUCCAUCAACUGGACAGAGAACACAUUUUCUGUGAGCAAAGCUAUGCUCACGGGAUUUCUGGAUCCAGUGCAAGAAGUCCUGACUUUUACUGUAUUUUCCCUUGUUUUUUUUAACCUUUACUUUGAGCUUUUAACUAGAAAAUGAUGAAGUAAGGCACAAAGUCUCAUUCCUUUAAAGAGAAACUGCACUGAUGGAUUUCCUGUAUGAAAUUGCAGUUACUUAUACAUAAGUUCAAAGGAGAACAAAAAAAUUGAAUUUUGGUUAUCUAAGGAGCUUUGGUGGCCUUUAUAUCUUGUUUUGUAGAUUAGAACUUCCUGGUUUUUUUGUUGAUAACUUAGGUAGAGCUACCUUUGCCCAAAUCCACUUCUAGACUGUAACAGUUUCUGUGUGUGCAGGUAUAUGCUGUCUGACUCUUACCCUCCCUCUUAUAUACUACAUAGGAUAGAAGCUGUACUACUUUCAUCCUAGAAGAUAGAGCAUCAGUAUACUCUGCUACAACUCAGAUUUGGGCCUUUCAGACCAGCAAGCGGCCAACCCUACAUAAGGUUAAUUCUUUGAAUUGAUUGAAGAUGUUGGCAAACAGUGCUGAACGGUCUGUUGUGGUAGAGUAUUUAGGAAUCUGAUGGAAGAAGUGCAGUAUAUCCAAGCACUUCUGAAAUAAAAGUGUAAAAAAAGAAUCACAAUUCCUCCUUGUAAAACCAGUUUUGGUUUUCAACCACAGAAGCCUGUUUCUGUAAAUUUGUUGUUUGAGAAAUCAUCAGUAGAAGAUUAUACCCCCAGCUCCCUCCAUACUACACCCAGCUUUUGCCCCCCCCCCUUUGCUGCUGGAUCGUCUUAGCCCUGCCUAGCUACCAACUUGCUCUUCCAUUUGUGAUUGCGGCCUCAUAUUUAUCAACCCAGUUAAUGUUGCAAGAUGUAUGAUACUGCUUACCUGUCAGCUUUGAGAGUAUUUUUCCUUCUUUGUUGUCAUCUCUUGUACGCAUGCCAUUCUUCUCCCUUGACUUUGUCCAUAUCUCAGCAUGCAGUUCAAGGAAAUGAAUUGUUACCUUUCAUGUGAGCUUUUCAUUCAUAAUUCCACACAAUGUGAUUUUCAUUUACUAUAAGCUCACUUGGGCUUUUGUGCUCUUUACAUGAUCUGUUCCAGCACUGGAGCCAGCAUAUAUGUUGUUCAUCAUGUAAGUGUAAUAUUGAGAGAGAUGUUUACAAUGAUGUCUUUAUUUACGCAUUAAAUCUCUUUUGUGUUGUCUGCCUGCCUUAUUGUUUACAGGGCCAUCAGUACCAUAAGUCCUAAACCAGAAUUUAAAAGGGUCUUCUAAUCCAGUCUCCUACUGCAAGGCAGGAUCAUUUACUCUCUAGCUUUUCACAAAUCAGGCAGUGAAAUCCAGGCCACAAUGGGCCACAGGCAGGGAGUAGGUGUAUUGCAGAAAGUGCAUGCUGAUUUUCUUGAGUCAUAUGAAGUUAAGCCAGGGGUAAAGAAAAAUAAGUGGUCAAAAAUCCAAACAUCUUGAGGGGAAAAAUUUUCUUGGCUCCAGUUUGAUGGAUAAGAAUGAGAAAAAUCUAUUCAUUGCAUAUUCUUGUCCUGAUACCUGUAUGAGUGAGCCACCAGAGCAGAAAUGCCAAUACAGCUUACAUUAAUCUGAUUGAGCCUAUUUAGUUUCUUUAUUCCUAUUUUAGAAUAUACCAGUUAAAUGAACAUUGUUUUAAUUAAUAAUGUGAGAAUAAUUUCAAUAUUUGCUAUAAAUCAAAUGAUGUUUGUUAGAAAUAAUGAACUUGUAUAAUUAUUUACUUCAACAUUCCUUAGUAGCCUAUGCAUUUUUCUGUGUGUCUCCAAUAAUGUUCACCUAUAACAAUUAAAAACUACAUUCUGAUUCCUGACCAUACAUUAGUGAAUUUUUAGCUGUCAGUAUUUAUACUCAUACACUUCUUGCCCUAAGUAACUUUUCUUAGUAAUAUGUUACCCUCCCUGAUAAAUGAUCAGUUGUAAAAGGCACUUCACAUUUUGCAAGCACUCAAGAAAUCCUUGGACUAAAAAGCUUGAAGUCAACAACAGUAAUUAUAAUAAAUUUUGUUAUAAAUCUCUGGCCAUUUCUGCUGUGUUGUUAUUAAAUCAGGUGUAUUUAUAAGAUGCGCUGGUUUCCAUGUUAGCCUUUCUUUAACUUCUCAGAAAAUUCUUUAUAGCGAGUCUGGGAUGUGACCCAAAAAUUUUUUCUGUCACCAUCUUUUUUAAUUCUGAUAUCAUCAGUGUUACCCAGAUCUUCCUUGGCUCAUGGUAUAUCUCACCUAAACAAAAUAAAGAAGGGAAAGGUUAAUGAGCACUGAUUCCUUCCCUCCCAGCAGCUCUCCACCUUCUCUGGUUGCUGCUUCCUCAACUCUCUGUUUUGGUCUUGGUAACCUUAAAUAACAGCAACUCUAUCCAACACUAGGAAUGAAGUUCAAUGGCAGCUGGGUGAGAAUUACUUAGAUUGAGAAAGGCAUGUUUUAAUUCUCCUGCUAUAUGUACAAUAAUCAGUAAUAUGAUAUUAAUUCCCAUGUUUGCUUGAAAUAUAGCAAUGUUUGUUAUGGGAGAUAAUGAAUUUUAAUAAUUAUAUAUUUAAUGUAACUUUUUUCUGUGUCUAAAUAUCAAUGCAAAUCUUUUUGCAUGUUAAAUACAUUUUUGGUGUUAGUUAUAAAAUGGAAUAUGCAAAUACUUUAAUCCACUCUUCAAGACUUAACACAUGCACACUUAUCUGGGAGUAAGCCGUACUGGAAACACUGGCGGUUACCGAUGAAUAAACAUGCUGAAGACUAGGCUGCAGUUGUAUAACAUUCAUGAUCUGCACUCAUCCAGUAUGGUUAUAAGCAGCUAUAAACUUGAAUUAGUUUAGUUUUUGUACAGUCUACCUUUUAUCUAAUUUGUACAAGUAUAUAAUUUUACUGGAAUGCCAAGUCAGAAGUUUAACAUCUGAAGGAUCCUAUCUGAAUAUUUGAAUAUUUGAGGUCAUAUGUAUCAACCACUAUUCAUUAAUUUUCUCAGUAUUAGCUGCUAUAACAAUCUUUAGCAUUCAUCAGUCAAUUUAUAGAUGCUCUUUAGUGUCUCACAUUUUUUAUAGAUGCUCGUUAGUGUCUCACAUUUUUUAUACUCCAGAAUAAUGCUAUAUCCUAAAUUUAUUUAACUAACGUAUAGUAGUAUUUGUUUUAUGUUUUGCUUUUUGACCAGCAUUCUCAAAAUAACUCUUAAAAUUUAUUAAAUACAUUGAGAUAUUAAAAACCAUGUACCGGUACUUAAUACAAGCCUAACAGAGAGUCAUCUGAUACUGAAUUUACCUGUCUCCAUCUUUCCCUUUGUUCUUCCCAUCCCAUGUUAAUGAUAAAAGGUCUUGGAGUAGGAAGGGAGAGCUCAGUUGGAGCAGAAGGCAAACCUGGUUUUUGUCUUUACCUGAUUCCCUCCUUCACCUUUAAUGCUUCAAAGAUACAGCCUACACAGGUUUUAUUUCUGUACAAUAAGUUGUUUAAUUCAUUUGCAUCAUAUUUUAUGAAUGCUUUGUUACCACUCACAUCUGGUGAGAAGUACUGGCUUUCUGGCAGAUCCUUGUGUGUGUAUGAUAGAACAUGUUAAUUUUGACAUUUAUGACAGUGUCAGAUUUAAUUAAUGGAUCCCGCUGGUGGAAACUCGUGUGAGUUCAACUAGCACAACAGGAUUUCCCAUCCUCUCCUCCCCCUGUGUCUCCCACUCCUAUAUUGGCUUGAAGGGGUCAGGAGAACCCCCAUAACAGUGCACCGGGGGGGGGGGGGCGAAGGGAGAUUGUUCCAUCAGGCAAGCAGAAACUGACAAAGUGAUCUCCUUGGGGCUGAAUUCCUUCUAAGGUAAACUGAUUUUGGUUACAUGGUGGUGAUCUCCAUGGAGGAAAUAACUUAUGUGUGGAGUUGCACUUAUUCUUAUGCUUCUUUUCAUUUAUCUACAGCUUACCCACGUUUUAUAUUUGGUGGUUAUUAGCCCUAUGUGAACUAGUCCUUUAGGGUAUUCUCUUCCACAUGCCUUGCAAACUAUGUUGCAGUCAUAAUAGGUUAUAGCAUGUUUCUCUUUGAAAUAAUGAGUUCUCUCUUACAGAUAUAAUCACCCUGCUGCUAUUAACCUGAACACUUAGUCUGGAAUGCUGGGGAAGGGUGACAGGAGCCAAAUUGGGUCCUAUUACAACAAAUGAGUGAAUGGGUUUCAUUAUGUUCUAUUAUGCUAGGUAGAUAUCAGCUUUCAGAUGGUAUUUUUGAUGAUCUGUAGAUUGCUCUGGACAAAGCCACGUGCUGGUUGGUCUUUGUGCCACUCAGGAAUUAAAUUUGUAACAAUCAUGAGAGACUAGGCCAUCCAGUUCUUGCUUAGGAGUCAUUUUAGUAGCUGCUACCACUUUUUUUACAUCCAGUUAUGCAAGGAUUUCUGAAAGGUUGUCUAGAAUUCUGUUGUUCUGGGCGAUAGAAAGAGCCAGGACACUGGUACCUAAUGUGUUAAGAUUGGACUCAGCAUCUGGCAGCCCAAGCCACAAUCUGGAAGACAACUUCUCUACAAGAAAGACGUGGAUGCUUUAAAGCAGGACAGAAGGGUUUGGGGAGCAUGCAUUGUUUACAAGGGAAAGUAGCUGGCUGAUGAGGAACAGCUCCAUGAUUUGGUUCAAGGUCAAGAAUCAAAUUUUGGAAGCUGGCGACAACAUAGAUGAAGUGCAGACUUUCCUUUCUAUAUCUGAGGCCAGUGCGGAUCCAUUGAAUCUGCAGCUAGGAAAUGGUGCCCCAGUUUUAUCAGGGUUUCAUAAAGAAUGAGAAGCUUAGCUGUAGUAAGAUCAUGCACAUGCGUUACCUCUGUAUUGUACUGUACAGUAUUUUAUUAUAUCCAAAUUCAAGUGUCUUGGCAAGACUUUGAGAUUUGACCAGAGCUUUGGACAAACCAGGAGCAAACAAAUUCUGUUAAAACAAAACAGCCCGUUCAGGAAAACAGAAGAUAAAUUCAGGAAUAUAGAAAAUAAACAUAAAAUGGGACUUUAAUUAGAAGUCUGUCCUAGAAUAAAUGUAGUGGCAUUCAGUAGGAUUGCAUGCAGGUACCUGUGAACGUAUAUUGGGAAUAAGUCCCAUUAAAUCCAGUGGGCCUUAUUCCCAAGUUUGAGUAGACAUAGGGUUGUAGCCUUGGAUUUAUAAAGAAUGACCCAAAUAUCCAGAGUAAAUUAAGUCUGUCAAAAACAGCACAGUAAAAUCUGCCCAGCUCGGCAGAGACUGGCAGUAGAAUUUAAGUUGGUUUGUCAACAUUACCAUGUCCCUUAUUGAGGGAUGGGUUUCCUUUUGAUUAUGAUCUGACGGGAAUGGGGAACUAUAGCUCUCCAGCUGUUGCUAGACUACAACUUGCAUAAAUCUCUGACUAUAGGCCAUUCUGGCCGGGGCUGAUAGGACAAGUGGAGGACACCCACCUGUGUGUCAUAAGAACACAACAUUAGUAUUGCCACACACGUUGGUGAUAGCUUAUUAAAUUUCUCUUUAUCAAAGGCAGGUUACAGUAAAGUUGAGAACCUUUUCAACAAAGGCUAGGUUAAUCUGGAUAACAUACCAGUUUUGCAUGCCUUUGAAUACUGCAUUUUAUAUUUAUAUUGCUUUCUCAGACUUCUUGUGAUAUGAAAUGACUGGGUAGUGGAGUACACAAUAGAGGCUCAGCUAUGAGAAUAUGUGGUCAGAGUGGAAGUAGUUGAUGUGUAUAGCUUGCUUUAGGCUGAUUGGCAGUUUAAUGGAAUCAUUUAGUGAAUAUAGGAAAAGGUUGGUGUGUAGAUUUGUUGUCGAGAUUUUGUCUCGGUACAGUAGUAUCUGAUGAUUUAAUAUGGAACAUUUUUGAAUAAAACUAAAGAUAUGAAUAAUGCUCAAAAUUAGUAAUUUAUGCUGCAUUUGACAAUCUUUCUUUUAAAUCUUAGGGGAAGUCUGCUUUGUGGUCACAUUUGUUACAUUACCAAGAAAAUAGACAGCGAAAACCUACAUCCGGAAGCUUCAGUACCUCAGGUAUUGUUAGUUUGUAUGAAGGUUAUGAACAGUGUUCUCCAUUUUGAGAAAGAAAAAGUCACAAAAGAGUGAUUGCACCAAGCACAGAUUUAUUAAGUUAUAUUUAUUUAUUAACUUCAACAAUGUAUAUUAUUAUUUCACACCAAGUCUUUUACGUGUUGCACAAUAAGAAUACAAAAAAGAUACAAAUGAUAUAAAAUCAGUUAAACUUAACCAUAAAAUCAGAAAAAUGCCUGCUGAAAUAAAAAGGUAUUCACUAAGUGCCAGAAGUUAACAGAGAACAGGUUUGUUCGAUCGUGACUGGGAGGGAGCUGCACAGAGUUAGGUCCACAGCACACAAGCUGUAUGUCUGACUCAUGGGGAUAACUAAUAGUGACUCCUCUGAGGACGUCCUUGAUUGGGCAGAAGAACAAGGAAUCAGGUGGUCUUUAAGGUGGGCAUAUGAACAGUCAGUGCAAGCUAUGUGCUGGUGGAAGUCUGUCCCCAGGAACAGUCUAGCUGCAGCAUUUUGCUCCAGGUGAGCUUCUGGACCUGGCUCCUGGGUAACCACACAUAGAGUGCACUGCAAUAACUGAGUCUUGAAAUUAGCAGUGCAUGCAUAACUGUGUCCAGGCUAUCCCUGUCCAAGAAUGUCCAUAGCUUUAGCUGGUAAAAGGCAUUCCUAGCCACUGAGACUGCCUGAGCUUACAGCAACAAAUAUGUAUCCAGGAGCACCCCCAACUAUGAACAUGCUCUUUCUGAAGGAGUACAAAAGCUGAAGCCAAGUCACCUGAUCACAAUACAUUUCAUCCAUCAGGGUGACUAAGUGUGAUUCAGUCUCAAAACCUGCCACGACCUUCCCUAUAGUGAGAAUAUUUGGAACUGGUUGGUAGUCCAAACCAAUGGGUCCAGGGCUAUAUUUUUUAAGAGUGGCCAUAGGUGGCAGUGAUCACUCCCUCAUGCAAUUACACAUUAACUAUCAUAUGGAUCCAAGAUGGGCAGGGGUCAUAUCUAGAAGCAUAUCAUCUAGAGCUCCAGGGAUUCUUCUUCCACAGUGGGAGUCAGCAACCUCCAGACUAUCCAAAAGAGCCCUGUGGGCUGGCUGCUAGGUUCUUGUGAAUGUUUGCAGUAAGCCCAAAUAUUCAUUUGCUGACUAAGUGCAUUGCUAAAAUGGAAAGCAUUUACCAGUGUAAAUACAAAUCAAUAUUUGUACUAAUACAAAAUGUUAUCUUUAAUUUAGGAAUACUACUUGAUUCAGAAAGAAGGAAGUCGGAUGCCAGCCCAGCAAUGUCUCCCUUAAGAGUAUCUCUCAUCCAAGACAUGAGGUUGGUUUUAAAAAACAACAAAAACACGAAACUUUCAUGAAAGGUUUAUCAAUAUUUUAAGUACAGCUGACUUUAAAAUAGCUCCUGUUAGCUUUUUUAGUUAGCCUCUUUUUCCUGAUUUGAGAUGGACAGUGCAAUCCUAAGAAUGGUUACUGAGAAGCAGGUCCCAUUGUGUUCAGUGGGUUUUACUUCCUAGUAAGCAAGUUGAGGAUUGCAGUUCUAGUUCUUCUCUUCCAAAGUUCUCCUUAAGUGAUUAAAAGUCAGUGUCUGUUUUUCUUUUUACAGUGAAAUGACUUCUUGUAAAUUAAACUCACUCUGUGGAGAAAAGGCCUAAUUCAAAAUUGUGUGAAGCUGUAGGAAUUGGAUAGGUUAAGUUUAUUUUAUCAUAAGCAUUUAUAGGCAAGGCUAUUCCAUUGGAUGCAUGGAAUGAACUUAAAAGGGUAGUUUAUUAUUAUAUUUGUUAAAUUUCUGCCCUGUCCUCUGUCCCAAAGGAGCCAGGGCUAGUGUGUCUGCAUGUAUGUGUGUACUGUGGAAGAAAAACCCAGUUAACAAGUUGAGCUUGAAAGUUAAAAAGUGGCAUCCAACCAACUAACUAACUAACUUGUUCCAUCAACACAGAGAUUUCCACUUGCACAGUAGAACUUCCUCCCCAUCUCUGUGUGCACACCCCAAAGCUGAACCACAGACUUUGGAGAAUACCCAGACCAGAUUUAGGGGGCGCAGGAGGGGGAAAGUUCUGCUGAGCAAGCAGAAAUCCUUCCACUGAUGGAAUGAGUUAGUUGAGUGCCUGUCCAUUUCAUGCAUUUUAAGUAGACUUUAGCAUAUGUAGUACAUUAAUAUGGCAACUACUCUCAAGUAGCAAGUAUUAAGAUUGUCUUAUUUUACCUUUAGUAAUUAAGCAGUAUAUAAAAUAGCUUAAAUAUAUGAAUAAGCACAGAAUGCAAAAAAAACAAGAGUGCUUUAUCUUUUGUAGCAGUUAGAUUCAGUAGGUAUAUAUGCUGAGCAGGAAGAAGUGAAUGGUUUCAGAACAAACUAAUAAUCUAUUGAGCAUUUGUUGUAUGAUAGAGAAAUAUAGACAGGUACACUUUUUAUGUCAUAUGACAUUGCUGUUGUAGUCAUUGCUGAUAAAUAUUUUAUUACAGGGAGGGAAAUCUAAGACAUGGGGGCUACCAGAAGGCUCUCUGUCCAGUCCCCAGGUCUCUGUCUGGCCAUCCCUGUCUCUCCAGUCCACCCCCCGCCCCGACUUUGCUUCAUACCUUCCUUGUCCGGGAGGAAUUUACAAAGCUAGCAGCUUUCUAAUAACGUUCUCUCUUCUGGAAACAAUGAUUAAUGCUGAGGCCUAGAAGUUCCUAGCCAUUAAUGAAAACAAAGCAAAUUCUCAUUAUUUUUAAUUAUUAUCCUUGAUAUCAACUGUGCUAAAGAUAGAUAGUAAGAUCACUUAGGUAUAUCUUGUGUUUUUUGAGGGAGAGGGAUGUUCAUCCUGCACAAUUUUAUAUUCCUUUCACUGGUUAGUAAAACCUCUUUAAAUCCUACUUCAAUAUUUACUUGCACUUACGGUUAUUUCUGCUACUUUAGUUAGUUAGUUAGUUAGUUAGGGCCAAACUAAAGAGGGCAGCAGUAUUUAUUCAUGGGUUUGCUCCAUAAAGGAGUGUGUGGAGCAAUCAGUCUUUCUUUUUCUUCGACAUGCAGUGGAGCACAUGGGUGUGGGGAACUAAACCCUGCCCUCUCUCCCACUUUUCCUCACUGAGUUUCAUUGCUUCAUUCAAUUUUUCUUGCAGCUCAGUUCUGCUACCUAGGCUCAUGAGAAGAUUGUUUGAAGCAAUGGAAUGCAAUGAUGUAAGAGAUAGGCAGGGGCAGUGCCAAGUUCUCUUUACCCACUAGCUUAAUUUGAAUAAAAUCUAAACACUCUGACUUUAUAGGUGAAUGGGGCAGACUUGUAAAUAAAAUACUAGACUGUAAUGUCUAUUACAGUGGUAGCCAGUGUAUGCCUGCUAGAUAUGGUUGGACUAUAAUUCCUAUCAAUCCUGGCCGGCAUAGCUAAUAAUCAAGGAUAAUGGGAGUUGUAGUUCAGCAAUAUCUGGAAGGCUUUCUGUUGGUUCGCCUGGGGUACUGUGCAAUGCAUUCCUGUCAGCUUCUUUUCUAACUCAGUAAAAAGUAGGACAGCACAAUAACCUGCUUUUCCUUCUCAGGCAUAUCCAGAAUAUAAGUGAGAUCAAAACUGAUGUUGGUAAGGCUCGAGCUUGGGUUCGGCUCUCUAUGGAAAAGAAAUUACUUUCCCGCCACCUGAAACACCUUCUUUCUGAUCAUGAACUCACAAAGUAAGUUGAGUCCAGCUUGAGGUUAACGGAGAUCUGUUGGUUUGUGGUAGUUGUUUUUUAAAUAGACUUGCCAUAGCCUUUAGCAAAGAAAAUAGAUAACACAGUAUAUGAUUUUAUCAGGUACUGAUAAAGCUGCUUGAGAAACAGAAUAAUCUUGAAAAAGGAUAGGCUUGGAACAAAGAGGGCAUGCAUAAGUUUGCAUUCAGAAAAUUUGGGUUCAUUCCCUUUGCUACAUAUUUUGUAUAGUGAUGGUCAGAAAGUCCAAAAUAAACUAGAUGAAGACAUCUCCAAAACAGUAUUUCUUUCAGCUAUCUUAAACUGGAAGACUGUUGGUUUCAACUUUGAAAAAUAUAACUCUUAUGAAAAAUGACUAUAAUGGGAUAAUCCUGAUGUGAGCUAUUGUGAGCACCUUAGAGGCAGGGUAGGAUCUAAACACAUUAUAGCAGAGGAAUUCCCUUAGCAUCUGUUCUGGUACUAUAGGAAUGAAUUUUCUGUUCUUUACAUUUUUCUCACUUCUUAAUUACAUCAGCACAUUGUUCAAGGCAAUGAAUGGGGGUAAAUAUAACUAGAAAAUUAAGGUAACAAACAAUGCUUGUGCAUGGUAGUUUGCAUUCCAUAAAAACUCUGAUGACCGAAUAAGAUUGCAUUCCUAUAUUCACUUACCUGGGAAUAAUUUCCACUGAACUUAAUAGGGCUUAUUCCUGAGUACACACAAAGGAUUGUGCUGUAAAUUGUGUACAAUUAUUUUAUAUAUUUGGAUACUCUGAUUUUCUUCCUAAACUCAACUUUUCCAAUAACAUUAAAUCUUUUGAUGAGGACUGUGGUGAAGGAAAGUAGGAAAAGGGAAUGGAAAGAGCAGGAAAUUGUGAAUAAGAAUAGGUGAGCAAAUGGGGAAAGGAUGGAAGAAGGUGUAGCCAAAGGGGAGAAUACUCAUCUGUAUAAGGCACUAUAUUUCCUGUGGCCUUUCCUUCUGCUUCCCUUGGUUUUUGAGCCUUCAUCAGCUUUGCUGAUCGGUCUAAGAACGGACCUAAGUUUGUAAACCGAGAUACCACUGUAUUCCUAAUUGAAAUGUUGUCUAUAAGGUGGGUGCAAGCCUACAUGAAACAUCUGUGGAGUAAGGUAGUUAGAAGUCAAAACUUUAGUAGUUACAUGAUACACAUAUUGAUUGGUUCAUUGUAAAUGCCAGCAACCCUCUGUCUGGGAAGUCUUAUUAUAGUAAUAUAUAAUUUUGUUUUCUUUGUCAGAAAACUCUACAAGCGCUAUGCAUUCCUUCGCUGUGAUGAUGAAAAAGAGCAAUUUCUGUAUCACCUCCUGUCAUUUAACGCUGUUGAUUACUUUUGUUUUACCAAUGUUUUUACAACUAUCUGUAAGUAUAGCUUUUAAUUGUUGUGUUACUUUUCAAAGGGUUUAAAGAAUGUUUGACACAUGCGUAUAGCCUCAUUUAUUUUAUAACAGCAUACAGAUAUCUCAUGCUGGGAGUCUACCAAUACCCCUUUCAUGAGAUGAUAUAAUUUGUAACUCUGCAAAGUGUAAAAUCCAUGGUUGGUUGUUUUUGUGAACUUACUAUAAUUUUGUCCGCAGGAAAUAUAUUUCAAACAAAUUUCUGUUUUAUAACACUGAGCAUGAUUCUGUGUGGUAAAUUAGCAGUGAGACCUCAUCGAUACAUUCUAGUAUUUUUGAUUAGCAUAUUGCAAUGCAUUUGAAAUCUUCCCUACCUCCAACACUGCCAGUUUUGUAUGCUUCCUUAUACCGUAUUUUUCGCCCCAUAGGACGCACCGCCCCAUAGGACGCACCUAGUUUUUUUUUGGGGGGGGAAAUAAAGGAAGAUGUCCGAGGCUUGCGGACAUCUGCCAGAAGCAGGGGGCGGGCUCCACAGCUGGCCCCCUGCUUCGGGUUGCAGGCUGCCGCCCCAAGCCUUGCUCGCCCGCUGGGACCUUCCGCCGGGCGCGCGAGGCUUGCGGACAUCUGCCCAAAGCAGGGGGCAGGCUCCGCAGCUGGCCCCCUGCUUCGUGCUGCAGGCUGCCACCCCAAGCCUUGCACGCCCGGCGGGACCUCCCGCCGGGCACGCGAGGCUUGCGGAUAGCUUCCUGAAGCCUGGAGAGCGAGAGGGGUCGGUGCGCACCGACGCCUCUCACUCUCCAGGCUUCAGCGAAAGCCUGCAUUCACCCCAUAGGAUGCACACACAUUUCCCCUUCAUUUUUGGAGGGGGAAAAGUGCGUCCUCUAGGGCGAAAAAUACGGUAAGUUCUCUGCAUUAUCCUUCUCCUACCUGCCUUUUUAUGUUCAUCUUCAUACUCAGCAUGAGUAUGAUAAGUUUCCUAUGCUCUCUUCUGAGCUCCCCUUGUGAGAGAUCCGUCAUUAGUUCUCAGUUCUCUUUUGAAAGACAUGCUGCUUUUGGAGCCAUACAGUAGUUGGACCUGUUUUAACAUCACUAGACUCCAUUGGUACGCUUCUGUCUUUCUGUCCAAAAUAAGCUUUCAGUGAUUUUUCUUUCACUCCCUGGGAGUCUGAGAUCAAGCCUAGCGGAUGAUAUUUCUGCCUAAGAAUAUAGUAUGAUGGGUAUUUGUUAUUCUGCUUCAAUUGUAUUUGCAUUUGUUCUUGGACAACUUGUUUCAGCCAAAUUGUUUUUUUGUUCUGUUUUACAGUGAUUCCAUACCAUAUAUUGAUCAUUCCUAGCAAAAAACUUGGUGGCUCAAUGUUCACAGCCAACCCAUGGAUCUGCAUUUCAGGAGAACUGGGUGAAACAGGAGUCCUACACAUUCCAAGGAAUACACUGGAGAUGACAUUUGAGGUAUGGCCUUACCUAAAGAUAAAAUUAAAAAGAAGUCAAAAAUCAGAAGAUUGCUGGGGACUUUUUCUAUUAUUUUUCUAUUAUUAUUAAUUAAAUAUGCAUAUCGCCCUUCAUCUGAAGAUCACAGGGCAGUUCACAACCUAAAAUAUAUGUGCACCUGUAUAAUACAAAUUGCAUGUAUCUUCCUUUUUGGAAUCUUUCCAUGAGAGCCCAGCAAACCUAUAGAAAAUUAUGAUUAAAAUAUGUUAGCUGGAGAGGGACGUGUAAAACUAUCUCUAUAGACUUUCCAUUGUGUUAUUUUAAAAGUUCCCUUACCAUUUGGUUUGUAAACUUGCUUUUUUCUCUAAAAUGUGGCAUUGUGUUUAGUCAUUGCUAAGUUUGGAUAUUAUUGCUCUGUUCAUUAGACUAUGGUCACUGUGAUGUUUUAUUUCUGUUUUGAUUCAGCAGCUUUCCCCCCACCCCUUUUCUAAUUUUCAGUGUCAGAACCUGGGAAAGCUUACCACAGUACAAAUAGGACAUGAUAAUUCUGGACUGUAUGCAAAGUGGCUUGUGGAAUAUGUCAUGGUGAGAAAUGAAGUAACGGGUCACACUUACAAGUAAGCAGCAUUUCAGCUUUUUUAUCUCAUCUGUAAAUAAAAAUAUACACUGUUUUACAGAGUAUGAUUUGAUGCCUCUUCUUGUUUAUAUCCACUAUAAGCUUAUGUUCACUGAAAUUGGAAUUAAGCUGAAUUAUCUAUUGACUUGUAUGAUUUAGAGUGCUUUCUUGUCCAUUUAAACACUCAAAUUUAUAUACGGUACUGUCAAUGUACAAUAGAUAUUUAUUUGUAUACACUAGUAAAGCUAUGAACACACACACACACACACACACACACACACACACAGUACUGUGUGAGUGCCUGGAGGCAGUUGGAGGAUGGAUGGCGGCUAACAGAUUGAGGUUGAAUCCUGACAAGACAGAAGUACUGUUUUGGGGGGACAGUGGGAGGGCGGGUGUGGGGGACUCCCUGGUCCUGAAUGGGGCAACUGUGCCCUUGAAGGAGCAGGCGCGCAGCCUGGGAGUCAUUUUGGACUCACAGCUGUCCAUGGAGACGCAAGUUAAUUCUGUGUCCAGGGCGGCUGUCUACCAGCUCCAUCUGGUACGCAGGCUGAGACCCUAUCUGCCCGUGGAAUGUCUCGCCAGAGUAAUGCAUGCUCUAGUUAUCUCCCGCUUGGACUACUGCAAUGCGCUCUACAUGGGGCUACUUUUUAUGGUGACCUAGAAAAUGUAAUUAAUCCAGAAUGCGGCAGCUAGGCUGGUGACUGGGAGUGGCCGCCGGGACCAUAUAACACCGGACCUGAGAGAUCUGCAUUGGCUCCCAGUACGUUUCCAAGCACAAUUCAAAGUGUUGGUGCUGACUUUAAAGCCCUAAAUGGCCUUAGUUCUGUAUACCUGAAGGAGCGUCUCCACUCCCAUCGUUCAGCCUGGAAACUGAGAUCCAGUGCCGAGGGCCUUCUGGUGGUUCCCUCAUUGCGAGAAGUGAGGUUACAGGGAACCAGACAGAGGGCCUUCUCGGUAGUGGCACCCGCCCUGUGGAACGCCCUCCCAUCAGAUGUCAAGGAAAUAAGCAGCUAUCCUAUUUUUAAAAGACAUCUGAAGGCAGCCCUGUUUAGGGAAGUUUUUAAUAUUUAAUGCUGUAUUCUUUUUAACACUCAAUUGGGAGCCGCCCAGAGUGGCUGGGGAAACUCAGCCAGAUGGGCGGGGUAUAAAUAAUAAAUUACAGUGGUACCUCGGGUUACAGAUGCUUCAGGUUACAGACUCCACUAACCCAGAAAUUGUACCUUGGGUUAAGAACUUUGCUUCAGGAUGAGAACAGAAAUCGUUCAGCAGCGGCGCGGCAGCAGCAGGAGGCCCCAUUAGCUAAAGUGGUGCUUCAGGUUAAGAACAGUUUCAGGUUAAGAACAGACCUCCAGAAUGAAUUAAGUUCUUAACCCGAGGUAUCACUGUAUUAUUUACUACUACUACUACUACUAUUAUUAUUAUUAUUCUAGAAAAAGGUGCCAGAACUCACCAUAAAUGCCUCCCCUGUUCUCCCCUGGCACCCACCUGAGAACUGCCAGAACUUAGUUCUGGUGAGUUCUGAAAAAAAGCCCUGUCUCAAAGAAGUUUCAUAUCUAAUGAACAUUAUUAAUUACAUUUGGUUGCAUCCAGAGAAAUAUUAGCCAAAGGGGGUUGGUGGAAGGUGACUUUCCCACCUCUCCAAGACCCAGCAGCCCCCAGGUUCCCUUGAAACGCCUCUUCUGAGGGUCAUGGGCUGUGGCACAGGGGAGCUGGAAGGGAAUGCUGAAAAUUGGGUGGAGGCAUCAUCUGUCAGUGGGAGUUCCUGCUUACAAAUGGUGACUCCACCUAAAUGCCAACAAACCCCUCCUUUCCUCUCAGCCCCCCCCCCAGUCUGCCCCAUUUUUCAGGGCCCUCUGACUCUUGUGAUAGGUUUUUCAAGAGGCUGCCAGGGCCUCGUGGGAGUGGGAAAGUCAUUGGUUUGUGUUCCUUUGGUUCAGAUCCAAUUUGGUCAAUAAAUCCAAUCAAUCUGUUGGCUGUCCAAAAUAUCUGUUUGCUUAUGGACCAGAAGAUUCAGAUUUCUGUUUCCAACAGCACAUGUAUGUGGCCCCUGUGGAUUAGUCAGUUACAUAACUCCUCCUGUGAUUAAUACUGUUCAAUUCUUGUGCUGCACCAGUCUUGCAGGGAUGAGAAACUUUAGUAAAUGGAACAUGCCCAGCAUGAAAUAAAAGCCAUUUUACUGAUUCACUUAAUGUAUAGCCUCUUGCUAAAAUCUGGGAUUAAGAGCUGCAUCAUGUGUCUUUUUUCUUAUUUCAUGUCUUUAGGUUUCCAUGUGGGAGGUGGCUUGGAAAAGGGAUGGAUGAUGGCAGUUUAGAGAGGAUCCUGGUUGGAGAAUUGCUGACAUCCCAUUCUGAGGUAGAUGAAAGGCAGUGCAGAACUCCGCCUUUGCAGCAGUCCCCAAGUAUGAUUAGAAGAUUCGUUACAAUAUCACCAAACAACAAACCAAGUAAGCUGGUUAAAUUGAAAAAACAUUUUACUAGUAAUCUUACAUAUAGUAAUAGCAAACUCAGUUCUCUGAGUGUAGUUAUUUAUGUAGCCAAAACAUCAUCCAUACACAUAUUAGUAGACUUGGGGGAGCCCCACAGUUUGUGGAAGUACAAAAAGUCUAUAGGAGGGGAAAUCCUAUGGGGGACAAACCCAAAAAUAGCUCAGUGAGAAUGAAAUGUUGACUGACUGACUUGUGGGAGGUGGGGAUGAUUAUCCUGAAAAAAGGGAAUGGCUGACAGGUUGGAAUUUUGAACAGGUCUCCACUCUGCAACAUUUUGUUGCAUGUCUUGCUUCCACCAUCUCAAAAGCAAUGAAGUAUGUACUCUGGUUUUAAAUCUUCAUUAGGUUACUUAAAUAUUCUUUUGUCUUGUUGCAGCUUGUUUGACAAUAUGUCAGUCAGUCUCAUUCCUGGUGAUGGGGGAAAGGGAGAAGGAAAGGAUGAGAACACUUACCGUAUUUUUUCCUCUAUUGGAUGCACCGGACCAUAGGAGGGGGAGAAUAGGAAAAAAAUUUUUUUUCUUGUUCUCCCCCUCAAAAACAAGGUGCGUUCAAGAGCAGGCCUUGCCGCUGCCCCCCGAGCUUGUGGGGCUGGUGGUAGGGGGGAAGUGCUGCUUUCCCCCACCGCCAGCCUCAAAGAUCCCUGAAGCCUUUGGAGUGCAGCUGCACUCCAAAGGCUUGAGGCACCCUGCCGCCCUGCGGAGGCUUUGCGCAGCCGCCCCGAAGCUGGAACAGUGAGAUGGAGGGCUGCGCAGCACCCAGUCUCGCUGUUUUGGCUUCUGGGACAGCCUGUAAAGCCUCCGCAGGGUGAGACACCCCGCCGCCCUGCGGAGGCUUUACGCAGCCAUCCCGAAGCUGGAACAGUGAGACGGAGGGCUGUGCUGGCCAAAGCCCGGGGUACACAGCGCCGUGCUCCCCGGGCUUCGGGCUGCAGGCAGCUAUCUGCAAGCCCUGCGGAGCCUGGUGGGAACUCCCGCUGGACUCUGCAGGCUUGCGGAUAGCUUCCUUGAAGCCUGGAACGCGAGAGGGGUCAGUGCGCAUGACCCCUCUCGCUCUCCAGGCUUCAGCGAAAGCCUGCACUCGCUCCAUAGGACGCACACACUUUCCCCCUUCAUUUUUGGAGGGGAAAAGUGCAUCCUAUAGAGCGAAAAAUAUGGUAAGUUGAUUUUAAUCUACAAACUACUGUUGUAACCAGUGCUUGCUGUUGGAGGCUUUCUCAUUUAAUUUAUCAAGAUUUCAACCUCUGUGUAAUGUUUCCCCCUUCACCUUCAAACAUUAUUUACCCAAUAAAGUAGCUGUAGCUGUUCCCUAUAUGGCAGCUUGGUGGGUUUUGCUCAUUACUUCUGUCAGGGGUUCAGGGAGAGAGGGACAGGGUAGGCAGGAGAUGGAGAGCGAUGGGGAGGAAUUCCAAGCCAGCGAGGAAGAGGAUGACAAUGACUCAAGAGAUUCCAUGAGUCUUUCCAGCGAAUCAGAGGAUUCCCAGAAGGGGGCGCCAGUGGUUAAGGCCAGGGGAGCCCCAGGAGGGACGUGUCAGGAGCAGGGAGCCAGCGGAGGAUCCCAAAGUGGCAGCUGGGCGUCAGGACCAGCCUCCCCACCAGAGUGCAGCGAAGGGGGUGGAGUUUCCAGUGUGUCAGAGGAAGCAGCUCCGGGAGCAGAGAAAGGAGGGAGGUCAGAGCAAGCCGCCCUUCCGGAAGGGGAGGGAGCAGUGAAGGGAGUAGUGUAACUGUCAAAAGGAAAGUUAGAGGUUUGGCGCGCGCGCCUAGUUCAAAUGUAGAGGCGCGCGGAAGUACAGGGAGCCCGGAGGAGGGGCCAGGUCCCAAAGCCCGCAGGGGGGGGGAAGAGCAGUCUGGGGAUUCAGCGUCAGAGGAAUCCAGAAGGGGCGCAACCCCAGCGGGCAGAAGGACCCUGCGGAAAAGGAAGGAGAGAAAGAGGUGGAGCAGCGCAAGUCUCUUAAAUUGGUGCAGGGGAGGGACUGACUCAGAGGGGACUUCAGCGGUCUAGCGUAAGAGACGUAAGGCUGCGCGCCUAGGAUGUCAAGCAAACCAUGAACUGCAAUAAACACCUUUGUAUAUAAGAAGACAUAGGCGUUGGUCUUUUGUGAGCUGAGACUUGAGGCAGCCUUGACAACUUCCAAAACCCUAUAUUACAAAAGAUAAAUGCACAAAUGUUGAUAAAUCUGUCCUAUUUUAGAAUGUAAAAAGCAGAAGCCUGGAUCUAGUUCCUUUCUAAAGUCCCUGGCCAAGUGAAAAACAAAUAAUUGCUUAAACAAAUAAAUGUUUUCCUUCUUGCACAGAGUUAAACACAGGUCAAAUACAAGAAUCUAUUGGUGAAGCAGUAAAUGGAAUUGUCAAACACUUCCACAAGCCAGAGAAAGAGGUGAGCAUUGUCAUUGAGCUUGAUAAUAUUUCUCUGUUUAUAUUUAUGUGUUCGCUAGUUAGUUUAUGAAAGACUAUAGCUACAAUUGACAAGAAUGUUGGUUCAGCAGAACAGUGUGUCACAGAUGUGCAUAUGCAGCUGACGAGUUGAAGGGAAUUAUGUAUAGCCAAAUACAGACUCUUGCAGCUACAUUUCUUCUUGAUGUCAGUUUUAAUCAGAGUUCUUCCGUAAAUUUGUAAUCCAAAAUUGUGUUUGUCUUAACCAGGAUUAACAAAGGUCAUAAAUAACUUUGGACCCAGGUGAAAGGGGGCAGGAAAAUUUGCAUGUGAGAAUAGAAUGCACUCCUGUAGUCUGCAGUCAGUCGCUUAACCCUGGAUCCAGUAUUAUAUCAGAACCAAGCCUUAGAAUUAAGUCUGAUAAAACAGUAUGCCAAUUGUUUGAAUUUGUCAGUGGUACUUUUUUGGACAACCCCUUCUCUAUUUGUUCUGAUUUGUAGUACUAGAUAUGCUGUCUUGUGAUAUCCAGUAGAUUGGGUUUUGUUUAUCAUUUGUACCUCAUAUUUAUGCUCCUAGUCUAAAUUACAAAUAUAUAUAUAUUGUAUGUAUUGUAUAUAUUGUGUAUACACACACACACACACUAUAUAUAUAUAUAUAUAUAUAUAUAUAUAUAUAUAGUGUGUGUGUGUGUGUAUAUAUAUAUAUAUAUAUAUACAGUGGUGCCUCGCAAGACGAAAAGAAUCCGUUCCGCGAGUCUCUUCAUCUUGCGGGUUUUUUCGUCUUGCGAAGCAAGCCCAUUAGAGGAUUAGUGCUACAGUAUUAGCGGCUUAGCGGGCUUAGUGGAUCAGCUGAUAAGCGGCUUAAGGAUAAGCUGAUAAGCGGCUUAAAGAUCAGCUGAUAAGCGGCUUAAGGAUAAGCUGAUAAGCGGCUUAAAGAUCAGCUGAUAAGCGGCUUAACGAUAAGCUGAUAAGCGGCUUAUCGAUCAGCUGAUAAGCGGCUUAACGAUAAGCUGAUAAGCGGCUUAACCAUCAGCUGAUAAGCGGCUUAGCAUCAGCUGUUAAGCGGCUUAGCCAUCAGCUGAUAAGCGGUUUAGCGGCUUGGGAAAAAGGGGGGGAAAGGAAAAAAACCCCGCAGGAACUCGCAAGACAUUUUCGUCUUGCGAAGCAAGCACAUAGGAAAUUCGUUUUGCGAAGCACCUCCAAAACGGAAAACCCUUUCGUCUAGCGGGUUUUCCGUCUUGCGAGGCAUUCGUCUUGCGGGGCACCACUGUACACACAACCAGUAGCAUUACAAAUUAAGAACUGUUUCAUAUAAAAGCAGUAACAGAAAUUACAUAUUAAAAGGCUGUCAAAUAUAUUUCCAGUUUCUAACUAAAGACCAGUAAAAAGGAGGGCUAAUGAAUCUCCAACUGGAGGGCAUUCCAGAGCCAUGACACCACCAUACAGAAGGCCCCGUCUCGUGUGCUUACUUACAUCUGAGAUGUUGAUGACACAGAGAACAGGGCCUGUGAGGCAGAUGGUCCUUGCAGUAAUCUGGUCCAAGUCCAUUUGGGGUUUUAAAGGCUAAGACCAGUACUUCAAACCGAGCAAACAAAUAAGUAGCCAGUGAAGUUAAACAACAUUAGAAUUACAUGUUCCAAUAAGGAUGUUUGAGGCAUCUUCUUCCAGAUCUUCAAAACUCCUGAACAACAGUACCUCUACCUUGUUUGGAUUAAGGUUCAAUUCACUUCAGAACCGAUGCCAGACACUAAUUUAUUAUUUCCUUUGCCUCCCUGGGUUUUCAAUGAUGGAAAAAAUGAAAUGUCAUCAGCAAAUUGAUGGCAUCUUACCCUAAACCUCUGAAUGACCUUCCCCGGUGGUUUCAUGUAUAAGUAAAAGCACUAGGGGACAAAAUUUGGGAUUUCACAUGCCAAAGGCCACAAAGUGGAACAGCAGUCUUGUGUUAUACUUAUACUGUAGUACUCAUUUUAUAAAUAACAGUGUCCUUUCCUGAUCAAGGCACCUCAUUUUCUCCAGCUCUUCAUCAAACAGAAGUGAAGGUCCAAGGAUGGGUGCUUUGUUUUCUGUUGCUCUGCACAGAGAGAGCUUCUUAUCCAUGUUGAGCAGCAGUGAACAAAGGUGUGUUUGUGUGUUUGUGUGAACAUAAUCAGGGUGGAAAGGUAUUUCAUCAGUAAUAAUGCUGACUUGUAAUUUCAUAAAGUGAGUAAAUGGUAGCUGCUGUGAGAUCUGAUUGUCAUUGAAAUCUUAUUAUUGAGCGUUUUUCUAAUGGGUGCCACUAACUGAUAAACUCAGUCAGUGCAGACUAUUGGUAGUCUGUUUUUAAAAGCCACAGUAAUUUGACAGAUAUAUUCAUAAUAUACCAUGGGUAAACAUCUCAAAACUAAUAUUUAUUUUAUAUCCCAUUGGCAGAGAGGCAGUUUAACACUUUUGCUGUGUGGUGAAGGUGGGCUUGUCUCAGCUCUUGAGCAGGUGUUUCAGCAUGGAUUUAAAUCCCCCAGGCUCUUCAAAAAUGUCUUCAUUUGGGACUUUCUAGGUAAGUACAGAAAACCUUCUUAUGGGAAAAGGUUGAAGGAGUGGGUAUGUUUAGACUGGAAAACAGAAGUGAAAUUACAGCCAUCUUCAAAUAUUUUAUUAAUUGUAUAAAUAAUUAUACUGCCACCAAUAUGUGAGGAAGGUUUUGAGUUUUUCUACUGAUCUGAUCAUUAUGCUAUAUGACUCUGUCUCCAGAAAAAGCACAAGGAUAUUAUGAGGCUCUAGAGCAAAAUGAAUUGGUCCCAGAGGAAAACUGGCAGAAAAGGGCCAGGAGUUUUUGUCGCUUUGUCACAGCCAUCAACAACACUCCUAGAAACAUUGGGAAAGAUGGCAAGUUUCAGAUGUUGGUGUGCCUUGGAGCCAGGUAUUGUAUUUCCAUAAGCAUAUUUUCAUUUGUAUAUAAUUGCCUGGUCUAAUGUGACAGAGUUGUUUUCACACUGAUCAGUUUUCUUUUAUUACUGUUUUGAUGUCCAGAUUUUGAGUCCUUUGACCAAAUUACAUAUCCUUACACUUAUUCUGCCACUUUGGAAAUCUGAAAUUAGAACAUGAUCACUGGGAUUUAUCUUGACAGGAGAUUAAAAGUGCUUGAUGCACAUAUUUUACAAAAAAAACAAAAAACAAGGCUGAGAGGGGAUAUGAAAGUAUUAUUCCAAAUAGUAGAAGAAUUAAUCUGAAGAGGGAGAUGAACUAUUUUAUAUUAAAGGAGGCUAGAUUUAUUUAUUUAUUACAUUUAUAUAUACUACAGUUUCUUCCAAGGAGCUCAAGAUGGUGCACAUGGUUCUCCAACUCCUCAUUUUAUCCUCACUACUUCCCUAUGAGGUAGAUUAGGCUGAGACACAGUGACUGCCCCAAGGUCACCCAGUGAGCUUAAUAACUGAGUAGGAAUUUGAACCCUGGUCAUCCAGGUCAUAGUCCAACACUCUAUCUGUUAUACCACACUGGCUCAGAUGUACAAUAAACACCAGCUACAAAACAAAAAUUGACAAAUCAGAAAUUUUUGUGAAACAGUCUUUCCUGGAACCACAGAGGCAGCAAAUAAGCUCUUUGGUUUCAGGGCACAGUUAUAAGAAAUUUAUGGAGAAUGGUGUGGCAUUUUCUAUACCUUAGUUGUAGCCCUUUGAAAUCAGAAAGCACCUUUCACAUGCAUAGGCCUUGAUUUCUGCAUCCCUCCUCAUUGGGAAAAUCAGGGUCAUCACAACAAGGAUCAAGGCAUGGAGAUGCACCCAGUUAAAAUUUCCAUAAGAUUGCUUCAUGGCUGCAAAUUUUGUACAACUGAGCAUUUCCCAAUCAAACUAGCAGUGCCCCUAAUGGUUUCCAGUAUGUGGCUUGGGCCGUUUUAAAGCAAUUUGCCUUGUAAACACCUUUUGGAAGCUCCCCUGAGUCUGUCUGUGGUGCAUUGUGGUCUGAAUUGUGUAAGUUGAUUGGUGAAUGAGAUGACGCUUUCUUGGGAGAAUUUGGCUACAGGAUUGUUUUUAAAAUCCUUUCUAGCUCUCUAAUUGUCACUGACGUAGGGCAUCCUAGUGCUGUGGAUUCCUGCAGCAGCAAAGGUAUAGCCAAGACACGGCCUCAGGCUGAUCUAGAAUGCCAGUGUAACAAAAUGUAUGCCAGUUCUGCUGUGCUGGCAACACAGCAGAACUGAUGUUGCCUGAUGUGGCUUCUGUAAGGGUCAUUAUGGAGCCUAGAAAUCAGCAGAAAGGAGACAUGGCAGGGUAAGACUGGUGUUCUAUGCAACUAACAAUUCAGUCAGUAUGGAGGCUUCUAAUUUGCAUACUGGCCGUUUAGUAGUAACCUAUAAUAAUGGGAUUGCUAUUGAAUAAGAAUAGCAAGAUAGGCCUGCCCUAACUGUAUUGCAUUAGAUGCCCCUGUAGUUGCCAGUCCUUCUGUACCACCACAGCUAGGUAUAGCUUUGGCAUCAAGUGCCAGUCAUUUUGGAUAGAGCGAGUGGCCAUGUUUUUCCAAGUUAUUUCAGAUAUGAAGCAAAUAAGAAAUGAUACUGAGCCAAAAGAUUGACCUAGAAUUCAGUUUUUAUAAACUCACACCAGUUAAACCUAGUAUUGUCAAUACUAACUGGUAGUGGUAUUAAGAAGAAUUGUGAUACUAAAAUACCAGGAAAUGUGAUAAGUUUCUUUUUUAAAGAAUUAAAAAUAUUUUAUAACUUGUUUGAAAUUUCAAAACAUUCCCUUACAGAGAUCACCUCUUGCACCAUUGGAUUGCCUUGCUGGCAGACUGCCCCAUCACAGCUCAGAUGUAUGAGGAUACAGCGCUCAUAAAGGAUCAUACCCUAGUGAAUUCCUUGAUUCGUGUGUUGCAGACUUUGCAGGAGUUCAACAUCACAUUGGAGGCAUCCCUCGUUAAAGGAAUAGACAUCUGAUCCGUCUCUUGCUACAAGCACUGUAAAAAAGCAACAAGGAACAAACCAUUAUUAGUAUGCAGAAAUUCAAUCGGCUAAUACAUUGCAUCCAAACAUUUGCAUCACUUGCUACAACUCUUCUGGAAAGAAGUUCAAAACAGAGAACGGAAAUGUGGAUGAAAGCUCUACGCCCAACGUGUAAUAGGGAAAAUAUAACCUAUAAAUCACUUUUAGAAUUUAUUUGCUGAUUUGCUUUUACACACUUUCAUGUGAAAGGGUUAAGAUAAUGAGUAUUGUGCAGCUUAUUUUAAAGCUGUAAUAUUUCUUUGCCAUUGAAAAUGGCACAGUGAGAAGCUAUUGGCAUUCUCUCAACUUGCCUUCAGACUGUAUGUUGAAAAGUAUAGUUCACACAUUCCAUUUCCGCUAAGGGUCAUUCAGCAAUUGAAAAUCUAAUAGUUUAUUAUAAACAUUUUCAUCAUUGGCUUUUACGUGUUGGGUCACUGUUCUGCAAGAAAAACUAAAAGUUUAAAUAUUGUUUUUAAUAGCCUUGAAGCACUGAAUUCAUUAGCAAAUCCUUUUUUUUCUUUAAUUUUUGUUGUCAGUAUUAUUUUGGCAGAGUUUUGAGGGGUGACUCAUGCAGAUGUGCAGAGAUCAGUGAUAUUUUUCAUAUGGGUACGAAAUUGCACAGAGAAAAUUAUAAAUGUGUUUUUAACUGGCAUUUAUUUAUUUAACUUUUCAUCAUGUUGUAAUGUCUUUGUCUAAGAAAAGAAUACUAUAUACAGUACUUAACAGGCUAUGUUACAUGUCUGUUGUGUUUUCAGUUUAGAACCUAAUUAGAGUACAGCCCACCUAAAUACAAGGCCAGAAUAAGAGUGUCUGUUAGCAAAAUAUGUCUUGGCAUGAACCUGCCUUUCAACUUAUUAGUCAUUACUAACAAGUCCAUUGAUUUCAGUGGGUCUGCUCUGAGUAUGAAAUAGUUGGAUACCACCAUAAGUGAUUAUCCUAAGCCAUGUGUACUCUAUGUAAUGGCUAACAGUCUAAUCAAAUACUAGAUGUAACAUUGACCUGGUUUGCAUUUAACACUAAGCCAAACCAUCACUUAGUGCAAAAGAGCAAACAUUCAGGUUCCUGAAGUGAAGAUUGCGCUGCAGCAAUCCUCCCUCAGUGUUUGCAGCUAAAAGGGUUCAGCCAUAAAUUGGCUUUGUGUUACAUCCAAACCCAAACUCAUGGUUUGUCUUGUCCUUGAUUUACCUCUUGAGGUUUGUCUGCAGCAGAUAAACUAUGGUUCAGGCAUAACAUUAAGUCAAACCAUGGUCAAAGGCAUAGGUUAAGCAGCAGCAAGAUUUGAGGAGUGCUGUGGCAUAAUAUAUAUGCUCCAGAAAGCAAAUGUUUGUUUGUUUGCACUAAGCCAUGUUUUGGCUUGGCAUUAUGUGCAAACUGGGCCAGUCUACAAAUGUGUAAGGAUCAGGUACAGCAGCAGUUGUUUCAGUUUUGUCAUCUUGCAAUGCUAGCACUACCUUACAACAGCUUCACAAGCACAUGUGCUGGUGCAAAUACUUCAGGUUGGCUGUAAGUGAGAGCAGUAUUACUGUGACCAAUUUAUGCUGCUACUCGAUAUAAUGCUAUGUUAAGGUUUCAAAUCUUUCCCUUGGUAACCCAGUUCACAGGCAGAACAUAUGGAACAUUUUUAUUUGAAAUGCUGAGCAUUCGUGUGCUAAUUUUUGUAUAUGUUAAAGGCUGGAGGUUUUGGAUGCUUGUGAACACGGUGUAAAAAUAUUAGAAUACCCUCAUAAUGUUCAGAAUUUGUGGACUUUUUAAAUAGUAAAAUUCCAAUUGGAAAAAUCUAGUGAAUGCCUAGAAGCAACUGUUCUUGUUAGAAUUCUCAGCAAAAAUCCCUAGGAGAUGCAUAAUGAGCUAAGGAAACACUAAGAUAUACUAUACAAGCAUUAGGUCUCUGUAUUAAGAUUCAAGAUUCUACAGGCCUUUGCUGUAUACAUGUCUGAAGUUAGCCUCUUUAACUUCUGAUAAAGACGUUUUCAACUGUCAGUCUCCAACAAGUAGCAUUAUUCUUUAUUUCCUACAUCUUGUGGUCAUUUUUAUUCCAGUAACUUAAAAAUAUAGCACAUGUAUUAAAUUUUACUAUUUUUA